GGUCAGGGAAUGGGGCGGGACGGAGUCGCUGAUUUGCCGACGCCAAGUGAGGCGUGGCCAGCAGGUGAGCGGGGGUCCUAGAGGUAUCGCAGAGGAGGAGGGAAGUGACUCCGCGGCCUGCGGGUCCUAGAGGUGACGGGGACGGUGACUGACGGGUCCUAGAGGUGUCGGGGGUCCGGAGGAGGCGGCCCGCGCGGUAAGUCGGUGUGUGUGCGGGGAUGUGGGGGUCGGGCAGGGGGAAGGCCCGAGCCGCCAUGUCCGGGCUGUGCUGUGUCUGGAUCCCGGUCUGGCAGUGCUCAUAGCGCCGGGCGGACUGGGGGCCUCUAGCGGCGGUGUGUAUAGUCCUAGCGGUACUGCCCAGCGGGGACAGGCCUGGGAUGGAGGCUGCAAUGGGAGAGGGGGGAGGGAGCCUGGGACCUGGCCUAGCUGGAUGCCGUACUGCUGGGGACAUGGUGUGCUCACCCUGCUGAUGGCAUUAUUAAACAGGGAAUGGAGCUCUGUGUCACCCAGAGAGUGCCGGCCAUGGAGGUCUGUGUCACCCAGAGAGUGCCGGCCAUGGAGCUCUGUGUCACCCAGAGAGUGCCGGCCAUGGAGCUCUGUGUCACCCAGAGAGUGCCGGCCAUGGAGCUCUGUGUCAGCCAGCGAGUGCGGCCAUGGAGCUCUGUGUCAGCCAGCGAGUGCGGCCAUGGAGCUCUGUGUCACCCAGAGAGUGCCGGCCAUGGAGCUCUGUGUCACCCAGAGAGUGCCGGCCAUGGAGCUCUGUGUCAGCCAGAGAGUGCCGGCCAUGGAGCUCUGUGUCACCCAGAGAGUGCCGGCCAUGGAGCUCUGUGUCACCCAGAGAGUGCCGGCCAUGGAGCUCUGUGUCAGCCAGCGAGUGCCGGCCAUGGAGCUCUGUGUCAGCCAGCGAGUGCCGGCCAUGGAGCUCUGUGUCAGCCAGCGAGUGGCGGCCAUGGAGCUCUGUGUCAGCCAGCGAGUGGCGGCCAUGGAGCUCUGUGUCAGCCAGCGAGUGGCGGCCAUGGAGCUCUGUGUCAGCCAGCGAGUGCCGGCCAUGGAGCUCUGUGUCAGCCAGCGAGUGCCGGCCAUGGAGCUCUGUGUCAGCCAGCGAGUGCCGGCCAUGGAGCUCUGUGUCAGCCAGCGAGUGCCGGCCAUGGAGCUCUGUGUCAGCCAGCGAGUGCCGGCCAUGGAGCUCUGUUUCACCCAGAGAGUGCCGGCCAUGGAGCUCUGUUUCACCCAGAGAGUGGCGGCCAUGGAGCUCUGUGUCGGCCAGCGAGUGGCGGCCAUGGAGCUCUGUGUCGGCCAGCGAGUGGCGGCCAUGGAGCUCUGUGUCGGCCAGCGAGUGGCGGCCAUGGAGCUCUGUGGCGGCCAUGGAGCUCUGUGGCGGCCAUGGAGCUCUGUGGCGGCCAUGGAGCUCUGUGGCGGCCAUGGAGCUCUGUGGCGGCCAUGGAGCUCUGUGCCGGCCAUGGAGCUCUGUGCCAGCCAGCGAGUGGCGGCCAUGGAGCUCUGUGCCAGCCAGCGAGUGGCGGCCAUGGAGCUCUGUGUCAAUUAGUAAGAAAUGGAGCUCUGUGACACAUAGUGAGAGGUAGCCAUGGAUCAGUCAGUAUGAAAUGGAACAUUGUAUCAGAUAGUGAGAGGUAGCUAUGGAGCUCUGUAUCAGAUAGUGAGAGGUAGCUAUAGUAUGGUUUAGAGUCCUGGAUCAGUCAGUAUAGAAGGAAGCUCUUGGUAGAUAGUCAUGGAUUAGUCAGCAAGUAAGUGAGCCAUGGACCUGUUUGUGAGAACUAUUGUCAGUUCAGUCAGUAAGAAAGUGAGCCCUAAAACAGAAAAUUUUAGCUAGUUAUUGAUCAGGCAGCAAUGAGGGAAGCACUGAAUAACUAAUGAUGAAUGGCCAUAGAUCAGUCAUGAAAGGGCGUAUUGGACCAGAGAGUGAAAUAUAAUUUAUUACAAAGGUUGCUCUGGGUUAGUGGGAGAGAGAUACAACAAAAUCAGCUCAUGAACUGUCAUGUACAAAGCUAAACAGAUGAGCUUCUGCUGUUAAAGACAUAUUAUGUGUGCGCAAAGGCCUUAAACUAUUGCCAAGGAAAGAUGGGAUUUGGUGGUAUGAGAUCUGAGCUAGUGCAAACCCCUUACAGACCGUACACUAUGAAGGUAAUUGUCAUAGUUUAAUUUCACAUUCAAUUCGCACAGGAAAUAAGAUACAUUUGCAAAAUAGUGCCAACAUAUUCCGCAGCGCUGUAGUAUAGGUAAAAAAAUUUUUUUAAUUCCAACAGAUCUAUUUAAAAAAAAUCUGAAUCGUUGGUGAAGAGGGCAUUGCCCAAAGAAUCUUAAAAUAUGUAUACACAUACACACACUGCACAAAAAAAUAAAGGGAACACAAAAAUAACACAUCCUAGAUCUGAAUGAAUUAAAUAUUCUUCUGAAAUACUUUCUUUACAUAGUUGAAUGUGCUGACAACAAAAUCACACAAAAAUUUAAAAAAAUGGAAAUCAAAUUUUGUGUGUACAUAUAUAUUAUAUAAUUUUAUUUUAUUUUUUUAACUAAAACGGUUUUCUCAAACAAUGCAAGUUUCUGUUUAAACUCUGUGUAGUACUUUGUUUGUGUGUGUGUAUAUAUAUAUGUAUGUAUGUAUUUAUUUAAAGUAUUACACCACUAGCCAGCGCUUUAAAUGUUAUUAACCAAUACAAACACACGAGUGGUACUCACCAACUUCCUCUCUGUAGUGCCUCUAGACCAGGGUAGACUAUUCCAAGAAAACCAAUGAUAAUGAAAAAAAAAAUGGAUUGGGCACAUGAAGACGGUGUUAGGCAGUUUUUUUGAAAAUCUCUAAAAAAAAUUUGGCUUCUACAGCAUUUUUCAAGAUUUAGAAAGGCUUCUGUAUGAGUAAAAACAUUGUAUGGAUUUCCAAUAAAAUUUCCUAACACUAUCUGCAUGUGCCCAGUCAAUUUUUUUUUUUAAGUUACACCACUGCAUGCCAUAGCAUGAAUGUCCAGUUGACCGGGAUAAAUAUUCUGUAGCCAAUUGCGAGUGGAAAUUUUAAGCAUGAAAUAAUUUUUGAAAAUGACUGGCUUGUGUGCUAUUUUAGGUUUUUGGUGUAUCGGUGGGGGGCGUCUGUCCUGAUCCAAGAGGUCCCGCCCGCCCCCCACCAUGGGCAACGCAGCCACAGCAAAAAAGGGUGGUGAAAUUGAGAGUGGUAAGUACUGUCAAGAGGGAGUGGGGGAAUCAAUCCAAUACUGUUUCUCUUCAAUUGAGUUUUAGCUUGUUUUGGGUUUUCAGCACAGCUCCUUCAGCUGAAUCUUUGUUAAAUUUUGUUUUCAUUAUUGUAGGGAAUGAAAGAUAAAAUGCUAUUGUUGACACCUAAAUUCCUAGCAAUUUAAGCAAACUCUCCAUGUAUAUAUUUUUUGGGAAGAAGCUGAGAUCUGCAAGUAUAUAUUGGUUUGAAUUUUGGUGCAUUCUCUUCUCUCUCUAUUUUUUUUGUUUUUAUGUUUUGUGCAUUUUUUUACUUGCAAACAUUUGCACAUAUAAAUAAAAAAGUGUCAAAAUGGAGUGAGUGAAAAAAAGGGAAGUUAGAUGAGGCUUUGAUAAGUGGAAUUUAUGUGGAGGGAGUGUGGCAGAGAAGGGGAACUAACAUUAAUACAAGAUGGUGUGAGCCCAAGUAGAAAGUGUUUGGGGAGCUAAUGUACACGCAGAGGAGAAAUUAAAUGGGGAGAGGGCUACUGAGAAAAUGAAGAUCAUGAAUUGUAACGCAAUAAGAGGUAAGUGAAGUAAGGAAAAAUUCUCAAAGAUAAACUUGGGAUGUAAGUUUGUUUACUUGAUUUCUGCUGAAAAUAAGACGCAAUGCACUGCAUUAUUUAUUUAGUUUCAAUCUUCUGAUGUGACAAUGUUGCAAUCUUCUUUUAGCUGCAUCCUAAAAGUUGCCUGAGUGUUGGGGGUUACAUGGUUAUAUAGGAUGAAAAUUCAAGAAUUGAGGGAGGGGGUGAUGUCAGCGGUUAAGGAUCAGUCUGCAUGAGGAACUUUGAUGCAAUACUGGAAUGGAGGGAAGAUUUAGCUUUAUUUUAUAUAGUUUAUGUUGAGGUAAGGGUGACCAGCACAGCACGGGUAACUAACCAAAAAUACUGUUUUAUUAAAGCUUUUUUUUUUUUUUUUUUUUUUUGGACUAAUCCUUUUAAGCUCUCAGAUCUGUAACUUCUAGACAGAGGUCUUGAUCCAAUUUUAAACACGGGCACAAUAAUUUAGCUUUUUUUCCAGUAUUUUUGGUACAAAUCUUGAACAAAGGAAAACAGUUUGGAUAUUACCACAAGUAGCUCAUUAAGUACUCAGGGUGAAUACCAUCUGGCCAUAGGGCUUUUACUUCGUUUUUAGGCAGUUCUGGUGAUUUAAAAAGCAAGUAAAAAGUCAUGUGUGAUGCCAUUAGAUGCUAGUCUAAUUUUUGUUUUAACCUUAAUCAGAGGUAGAGUGUGUUAACGAUUAAUCUUUCAGGACAAACUGCUGUAAUAUAUAUCUGAUGUUCCCUACACGCAGCCUUGAUUUUCACUUGGGUAGCUUCCCGUUCUAAUCCCAUUUUAUAGAAUGAUAAAUUACCUAGAUUAUUCUAUUGCUUCCCCUUUUUAACAUGUCUAUCAACAAUGUGUUUGUGUUUAUAUGCUUUACUGUUCUUAUCAGUCAAAGUUUGCACAUACUCAUUUGUAAACCAGCCUUUUCUCUUUUUUUUUUUUUUUUUAUAAACUAUGAUUAGAGAAUUGUAUAUAAAAAAAAUAAUUGUACCUUAAUGAAACAGAAUAAGCAGUCUGAAGCACAUACCUGUUAAAAUGCUCUGUCACUCUCCCCCAUCCCCCAAUCCAAAUUGAAUAUUUUUAUUGAAAUUCCAAUCCAGUCAAAAGUAGGCACUACUUAGUGUUUUGAAAAAGGCAGAGCUGUUGUCAAUCCCUCAGUCAUCAUUAGUGGUGGCUGAGGUGAAAAAGACUGUCAAAUGAGGAUCCUGCGUCAUCCUUCAUAGACCUUAGUGUUGCACUCCCGCACAUGCGAAACCGUAUUGUGCUUACAUGGCAGCCGAUCCUUCAGAUGUACGGGGAGGAAGACUCUUUCUAUGGCGAUUAUCGACGGAUUCUCUGUAGACCUCGUUGUUGUACUUUUACACAACGCUUGACAGCUCCUUGCUUCCAAAGCUGGAAAAAGAUGGCAGCAGCCAAGAAGGACAGGUUCUGUUAAGUAUAACUCGCCUUUUCCUGCACCCCUUGGCCACUGCCCUGUCAGGAGAGCAGUCACUGUUGAAGGGGGGCUUUGAAAAUUAAACAAAGAUCCUCAGACGGUGACAGGGCCUCUUUAAAUGUUUGAAAUGUGUAUAUAUUAGAACGCCGGCUUUUUUUUCUUUUUUAUUUUUUUUUUUCUUUUUUUAAACUUUGUUUUAUUUUUUCAGUGAAGAUUAACACACAUCUCACAAAGUGUCUGUAAUGGCUGUUGUCAAGAUAAUCAAAAAUCACAACACUUAACAAUGUUAUAAGGUGGGGGGGAUUUAACAACAAAUGAGGCAAAGUAUUACACGUUUUGACAGGAAUGCUAAAUUGAUCAGGGCCCUGCUUGAAAAAGUUUAUUGAGCUGGGCCUGCACUGCAGGGAUUAGCACAAGAGAGCUAAAGGAAGCUCCUAAGCAGGAGCUUCUAGAUGUGUUGGCUGUAGAGGAGGCAGGGACCAGUGCCCAGUUAAGAUGGCAAACUGUUCAAAAAUGGUCUGACUCCCUACAUUGGGUGGCAGCCUGGGCACUCUUUGCUCCAUAAGCACUAUGCUGCAGUGUGGAGUGAUUUUUGAGCUUGUAUUUUCAUGUGUUUUUCUUUUCCCUUUUUCAAAUUUUUUUUUUUUUAAUCGUUUCUCAAACUUGUAAAUUGAAUAAAUAUAUUCUGAUUCUUAUGUCCAUUUUGAGCUGUUUAACCAUGUUUUGUCAUUAUUGUUUUUAAUCUUGGACACAUCAGCUAAAGACCACAACUACAUGUCUGUUCAUCCACCCAUUGUAAAGCUCUGCAGAAUUUGACGGCACUCUAUAAAUAUCAUAAUAAUAAUAAUAUACACAUAGUGCUAGUUAAUCAACAUCAAGUAAGUCCCUGUUUUGUUUACGGAUUUUGUGUUCCAGCUAAAUAUGUGUUUGAUUUUUGCCAUUUCAUUCUUAUUUAAUAAAAAAAAAAAAAGUCAUUUUGUUGUGUUUUGGGAAGUUCAUUGUCACUUUUUUUUUUAAAUGGCAUUACCUAUAAUAAGGUAUAUAGUUGUGUUUUUUUCAGUCAAAGGCACACAAUAACGGAAAACGUAUUUAUUUUUGCCUACUUGUGUUUGGUUUAUAUGUUUGUUGUCAUAUGACAUAUUAUGUAUACAGUGUAUGUUGUAGGCAUGCUUAGUAUACCUGGAGGUUCUCAUUAGGGCAAGGUUAAUCUUUUGAAUUGGUAGCUAGGACAUGGAUGGGCCGUAGAUUCCCAGCCAUUUUAUUGGCUCUUACCAUUUGAGUUGGUGCCAGUCACCAUCUGUCAAUUGGAAUUGGAAUUGAGAGGGCUUUUUUCCCAUUAAUCACUUUAUUGCCUCUUUGACCUGUUUUAUUGAAUAAGCUCAUCUUUCAAUUAGUUAUAGGUAGUUGUAAACCAAACUAAGUUGGAUCUGUAUGGGAUAGUCCAUCAGUAGAUGUAUAGAGAUUCCUAAGUUGAAGGCACUCAAGAAAACUUGGUAUUGACAUCUUGCUUUUUUUAGCAGCAAACAAAAAUCAAGACUAGAGUAUGAGCUUUUUGUUGGGAAAUGGUAGUUCCCAGUGGACUCAAAACAUUCUAAAAUUGUUUAACUCAUUACAUGGCUGGGGGUAGGGCACAUUUAACAGAGGUUGUAUUUUAAGGCAAUUUAUCUCUGGUUUACAUUACAGUUCUUUCAGACUAGGCAAAGUCAGAGCUAGCAUUGCAGAUGAGAAGUAGAGAUAGAAAUAUAUUGAUUUCUUCUUUUCUUUGCACCUAGCAGUCGUCAUAGAGAGCGCAUACAUAGAACGUAUAACAAAUUAAGCUAAAUUGGAAGCUCCUAGUUGCAAGAUCAAAAAGGGGUUUAUUUUUCAUACUUCAUAAAUACACGUUUGCUAAAUAUAGUGGAUAAGUAAACAUAUUAAAUAUCAUGUAAAAAAAAAAAAUAAUCUUAUCUUGAAAAGCUAAAUAACUCAAAACUAUUAUUAUUAUUAUUAUUAUUAUUAUUAUUAUUAUUAUUAAACCCAGAGAAAAUGCAGUGUUUACUUUACAGACUAGUGAUAACCCCACUGGCCACUCCUUAGAUGGCUGCUAGAGGUGCUUCCUGGGGCAGUGCUGCCUAGGGUGCAGCACUGCAAUUCAGUAUCUCCACCCUCUGCAUGGUGACACUUUCCUCAUAGAGAUGCAUUAAUUCAGGUCAUCUCUAUGAGGAGAUGCUGAUUGGCCAGGGCUGUGUUUUGGCUCUGCUCCUGAUCUGCCUCCUUGACAGUCUCAGCCAAUCCUAUGGUGAAGCAUUAUGAUUGGCUCAGACCACCACUUCUGAUGUUGUCAGCAGACAGAAGCAGAGCCAGCAGCUGCAGACUUGAAUACAAGUAAGAUUUUACUAUAUUUAGGGAGGCAAGAGGGAGCCAGGGGGCUAGAAGGUGGUUUUAAUAUAACGGGGUCAGGAAUACAUGUUUCUGUUCCUUUAAUUUCUCCACAGACUGGUGAAUAAUCUGCAGUAUUAGCUCUUUUUUAUAUGUGGUAUUUAAAAAAAAUAAAUAAAAAUAAAAAAAUCAACCCAGUACAUGCUUGUGCAGCAUACAAGAGUUCUGAGUUAUCUCAAUGGAGGAAGAGACAGAAUGGCUGCAAUUUGUAUAACUAGUAAAUACAAAAUACAGCAAACAGACAUACAUGCCAAAAUGGCUGCGUGCGUGUGUGUCUCAGUGUCAAAAAGCAUGCCUUCCAUAUUCUUGUCUGACAGCUAGGUUGGACAGAUAAAAGAAGCAGCUCACGACUGUUGUUAUAGUGUGACUAGUCUUGGGGUGCCAUUUCCUUGGUUUGUGCUUUGAUAUAAACUGGAGCUUGAAUAAAGAGUUUCCGUAUGGUGUAACAAAUAUAUAGCGAUGGGAUUCAACCAAAUGCAUGGAAUUUCAGAAAAUGCUGUCAUGAGGUUAAAUAGUUGGACAGAAACUGGAUGAUGGUGUACGUGGAUCCUUUGCACCAUAACAAGGACACUGAGCUGUAGUGGUAUGUUGCUUAGAGUGCAAUUUUAAAUAAAUAAAAAUACUUCUCUUCAAUCCCAAUUUGUGUUUGUAUUCUCUAGUGAAGUGGUUUUCAACUUGGAAAUACGCCAUCCAUUGCUAGGGUGUACUUCGCCAUCUCUACCAGAAAAUGAUUUCUGCUGUCUGUUAUCUACUAAACCAUGUGUAGCGGAGAUGCAAUAUUACCCAGGUUAUCUCCGCUUAUAAUCCAAGUGAGACUCAGGAACAAGUAAAUAGUAAAUCCAAAGGCAGGGUUUCCAGCAGGUAAAAUACAGCAAUAUCCCAACAGCAAUCCCAAUAACUGGACGACACACAGUUUCAGGAGCAUAACUCAACAGCCUUUAAUCACAGUCUCCUUAUAAAGCAUGCUCCCAUGCAAGGGAGGAACUUACAGUAAUUAUUACAGUAGCCAAUCCUGUCCUGGUAACCUCCCACACAUCCCCUCCCCUCAGCCAGCAUCAUAAUCCCCUUAUCCAGCACACCAAUUCCCCCCGUUUCUGGAUGUACCCCUAAACGUAGGGGUACCCCUUUAAAUCCUACACCCCCUGAUAGCCCUGAUCUGGGUGAACAACAUAUCCAAAAAUCACCCAGAUCGGACCAGGGGUUCGGGAAAAGUAUGGAGGGAAUAAAAUGACCGACCGCACGAACAGAGAUAGCCGAAUUCGGUUCCAUGUGAAUGGGCCUUGCGGUCGGUCCUGGCAUAAGGGAAUAAAAUACACGAAAGCCUCUAGCUAUAGAGGCUAGGGAGGGUUCGCCUGAAUCCCCUCGUUCGGUAUUUUCUAUUUACCGAACGAGGGGCCGUUCGGUAGUUUGGAACCGAACGGACCAGGGCUGUGGAGGUCUCAGCGGUGUUCGCCUACUCGAGUGUCCGAUUUUAGUUCCAGGCACUCGACGGCAAAACACCGCUGUUCGGGAGUUUUAAAAUGGCCGCCGCCACGUGUUCGUUUGUCGAAUGGCGGCCACCCCCGAGAACAAAGGACGGCUACUUACUGUUCAAUUACCGUUCGCAACAAUGUUGCAACGGGUAAUUGAGGACACACUUCACACAGGGAGGUCUGGUUGUUCGGUAGUUUCAUUCGAAUAAACUAAGGGAAUGAAACUACCGAACAAUCAGAGGAAUACAAUUCUUUUUAAAUACACAGAAAUUACAGCAGAUACACGUAUGCAGCUUUAUACAGUAUUUCUUGUAGGGUCGCCUGGUGCCAUCUGCUACACCAUGCAUGGUGACAAAUUCUCCAGGUAAUUCCAAGGUUUGGGAUCUUCAGCCUGAUCUAUCAUUUAAACUUGCUGUUCCCUGGUGAAUUCCUGACUGUUCAGUUUAGUAAAUAACACUGUCUGAGUAACAGUUUAUGACCCCCACACACUCUGUGAUAUCCCUUUAACUGGAACCUACAGCUCUGUGGCUGCCCAAAUCCAGUCCUUGAGACAAACCAGAUUGUCAAGGCUGUGCUUAAUAUGUUGCUUAGCGAUACAGUCACUUGGUUAAUUACAUGUUAAUUAGAGAAAUUCUAAAUCUCUGGUAGGAUUAUGGUCCUGAAAGGACUGGUUUUUAACAUCUUCUGUUUAACCCAUCAUUCUCCAGAGCAGUGAAGUGGUCCAGCCAUGCCUCUGUAUUAAUAAAAGGGCACGAUCACUUAUCUGAAAAUGUAAAUAAAAUGCCUAUAAAAUAACCUAUAACAUGUGUUAAUCUUUUUUUCAUUAUGUUCUCAAAAUGUUUUCUUUGAAAUUUAGCGGGCAUGUGGAUUUUGUAUCCUGACAACAGGGACAUGUAGUUCAAGACAGGAAGGUUUUUUGUUUUUAAAUAAAUCUUUAGCUCUGCUGCGGUCAAGCGCCUGGACUGUCUGGGGAGAACGGGGCUUGGAGCAGUGUAAGGAUUGCAUCUCUGGAGGCUGCAUACCUCAGAAAUGGGUCCCUUGCAGUCUGCCGCUCUGAGUCAGAGCGCAUUUACUGGUCUUCCGGUCUGCAAGCAAUAACUGAGUUGUGCACCUGCUAAAGGUGCACACCUUGUACUUCUUUACCGGACCACUUGAAAUCCAGGACACCGCCACUUGACUACCAAGUAUCCAGGAACCACACUAAACCCCACAGAGUAGGGGGUCACAGCUACAUCUGACAUUGCAGUACACUCCAUACAGGCAGUACCCACCAAGUAGACCAAUAGAAUGUCAAUAUGGACAAAUUGAUUGGGCUACUACUCUAGUUGCUUGGACAAGUAAACUUUUUUUUUUUUUUUUUUUUUAAACCCCAGUUUAUAUUUAAGAUUUAGUAAAUUACAGCACAAAAAUUAUUUGUUAAAGGACCACUAUAGUGCCAGGAAAACAUACUUGUUUUCCUGGCGUCUUCUCAUUGUGAUUUUUCACAGUGAGAAGCACGCAAACGCCUCUAGCGGCUGUUAAUGAGACAGCCACUAGAGGCUUUAGAGGCUGGAUUAACCCAUUUAUAAACAUAGCAGUUUCUCUGAAACAACUAUAUUUAUAGAAGAAAUGGUUAAUCCUAGAGGGACCUGGCACCCAGACCACUUCAUUAAGCUUAGUGGUCCUUUAAGGUAGAAGUAAAAGUUUUAAAAAUUCUGGGAAGUGAUAGUUCCUUUUCAAAUGUCCACCUAUUUCACAAAACUGCAGGUAGACUGAUGCCAAUCCCAGCAGUCAUUCGUUAGCUGAGAGCAUCAGCUGAAUGCUCUCAGCCAAUGAAUGACCCUCUGUGCAUUGAAUAUGGACAGAAUUGACAUUAACCAGCCCACAACUCUCAAAUGCUACCCAUACAUACUUCAAGCACCAUUGUGCUUAGGGUACCCUUUUAACCUUGGUAUCACUGACUUGUUGUUCCUGUGCAAUUUGGCAAAUUUGUUAAAAUAUAAACAUCACCGGUUUGCUCCUUCACUACCAUGUUAGAUAGUCGUUUGGCAUGCCAAGUUAACCUAUCGCCUUUAGACUACUUGCACCUAAGUUUGGUGUCCACUGGGCGAUCUUAUUGUGAGCUCAAGAUAUUUUCAACGCUCCUGCUGAGGAGGAGCAUUCCUGUAUUACUUAUCUGUUGAUUUCAAUAUUACAAUAAAUAUGUCUGUUUAGAUAUGUGCCUCAAUUUAAAAAAAUGUUAAACACUCACAGGCCAUAACUUUUGCUUCUAGCCUUUACCAUGGCCAUUCAGCUUUUUGAUCAAUCAUACAGUGAUUUUAUAUUAUAUCUGUGCACAUACAGUGGAUGUGUGAGAAACCAUUAUUUGUUGUAUUCGUAUACACCAUAUGUCCAUUUUGUUAGCUUUGCCUCACACAACCAGUUAUAAGGUUUCAAUAUAAAGUGUUUUCGAUGGUUGUUGCACACUGGUGAGGAGUUGAUGUACCUAGUACUGUAUGGGUUCUGCAUGACGCACAGCCGAAGGCUGGGGAUCUAGCAGAUUAACAGGUUGACAUGAGUGAAUGCAGUCCUUUGUCUAGGGAAAGGUUAAAAUGUGUGAGAUGCUGUUUUGGUCUCUGGCUGGAAAGAGGUUAAUAUCGCAGCACUGCAGGUCACUUCUAAUGAGCUUUUAUCCCAGGUUAAUCCCCUUUUAGCGGUUAUUAAUAGCUAGUCCGGCCCCUUCAUAAUAGGGUCAGAUGUGGGCAAUUGCGUCUCUUCCUGCCCCCCUCCCUCUUCACACACACACACACACCCCCCCUGUCCAUUGCUAUGCAGAGUAUUACACCCACUAGCAGUGGGUGCCCCCAUCUCUGCAGCCGAUGCUGUCCACAGGAGGCAUCUUCCGGCGCUGGAAACUGGCAACGUCUCAUCUUGGACCCUCUCCAGCUAUAGAUCAUGAGGGGCUGGAGCGCUUCGGUAAAGAAUACAAUGUUUGGGGUUGGGACCAUCCUAUGGAAAACUCAAGUGUUUUAACGUUCAGAGAUUUGUGGUUAGAUCAUGUGCCACUCUCUAGCUGAUAGACCAAGGUGAUAGGUGUGCAGGGGGUUUUCAUUCACUAUGCUGUAGAUAAUUGGCUGCCAUUGAUGAUACUUAUUUUAUUUAUGUGACCCUAAAGGAUCAAUUUGGUUUACAAUUUUAUAUAUAUAUAUAUAUAUAUAUAUAUAUAAUAUAUAAUUAUAUUUUAUUUUUAUUUUUUUUAACUUUUAAAUAUAAAAGCACUGUGUGUUCCCAGAUUAUCCUCUGUAGUUUUGUUCUCUUCAUGUUCCCAUAUAAGAUGGAUAUUUGUUUCUGAUGCUGGUUAUGUGGAGUUUAGCAGUUGUCUAUAGUCCUGUUAAUUUGUGCCAUCUCCUCUUUAGAGUUUACACAUUAGAAAAUAGCAGAAAGAGAUUCUCUACUGGUGCUUGAUUUAACAAAAUGUAAUUUUCAUAGUGCUAUUCAUGGUUCUCUCAAUAGGGGGCACACAGUGUGCUUCAAAUCUCUCUGAAAAUGCACGUUGAUGUGCAAGUUUUUUUGUGUGUGUGUGUGUGUGUUUUGUGGUGUCUUGUGUUUUUAUUACACAAUAAAUGCAUUCGCUUAGCUCCAUAAAUGCAUUUCAUUUGUCAGCAGCUGGUAGCGCUACUCAGUUUCAAUGUUAAAAGGGUAUUCAGCCCUUGCAAGGCUAGUUCAGAAUUAGUAAUCCUUCUUUUCAAAGUCUGCAGUGUGGGUGAUGUGCCAAGUGAAUAUAACAGAAGAACAUACAGAAACUAAACAUAGACCAUCAAAUCAUAAUGACAUAUUUUUGGAAAUGAAGUUAUACCAGGGCUUAGUAUUUAAAUUAUUACCAUAUCAGGCAAGUGUAAGACUUGCUCUCCUCUCAUGUCACACACACCCAUUUUGUUUUUAUUUAAGUAGUGUACCUGACAUAAGUGUGUAUGUGAUUGCAGGGUUGUUGUGUUUUGUUUUUUUUUGUGUGUGAAUUUCCUACUAUGACAAAUUCUUCGUAAGCAGGACCAGUCUAUCCCUCUUCCUCACUGCCUCUAACAACCCAAUUCUUUCCUCCCCCACUUCAUUUACUAGUAGGCCCAUUCAUUCCUUCCACUCCCCAUUUGCCAGGAGAAGCCUUUUACCCCCUCACUAUCAUUUGCCAGUGGUAGACCAUUCUCCUUCUCCCCAUUGCCAAUAGUAGAACAUUCUCCUCACUUCGUUGCCGAGUACUAGCCAAUAAGGCCUCCUUCUACCUUGCUGAUCUGGAUUCUAUUACCAUGAGUGUUGCUGCACAGUGGAUGCUUUGUCUAUCACAAUGUCCUGUAUAAUUCCACAUGGAACUGCUCUGUGUGGCUAGCUACUUGGAGCACUCUUUAUUUAUUCUCUCUUCAUUCAAUGGCUGUAGUUCUUUCCAACCUGCAUUUGGCUGUGGGCACAAUAAUUUAGAGCACCAAUAAUAUACCCAACAGUCCACCAGAGUUCAAUUUCCACUUGCAAAAUGUGAAUGGGCGAGUGUAAGUUGAGCCCUGGAUAUAACAUACCUGUCUGGCAGUAAAGUUACCUGCUUUUAAUCACUCAUGGUCCAUAGCUCUAAACAUAGUUUAGGAACAGACUGUGCUCUGUGAUUACAUGAUUAGGUUGCUGGCUGGGCUCUGUGCGGGGUGCAAGUUGUGCACACCAGGUUUUUGGUAAUGAGGUGACGUUUCAUGCAGUGUAUGCGCUCUGGUGAUUGGGGGGGCAAGCUUCUCUUUAGGAGCUCUGGCUGCUGCGAAAAUCUGUCCCCUUCUGGGCUGUGGCUGAGCAAGCAACCUCUCAUUUGUUUAUAUGUAGACACAACCUGACCUCAGUGAUCUUGGGUGUGGUUCAUUUACAAUUGAUGCGGAGGAUAAAUCAGAAUGCUCCCCUCUGACAGCUCGCAAUGAACAAAUGUGCACACAGACAUACCCUGAGUUGCACAUAGCUCACCUGCCUGGAAUUUCCACCAGCCCUGUUGUUGGUUAUUGGUAAAAAGUGACUGAAGUGUGUGUGUGUGUGUGUGUGUGUGUAUAUACACUUGUAUCUUCAGCUUUCCUGGUUUAUGAUAUACUUCUACCUGGUCAACCCCUGUAGGUCUAGCCACACGCAAAACCACACUUCAUGCAGUUCAGGUCUAAAUAAUCUGCCUCUGUUGUCUUCGUCAUAAGGGGAGUGGGGGGGGGGACUUUGAGAGCACUUUAUUGCAGGCCUGCAGAGCUUUCUCAUAUACAAAUAUAUGUAGGGAUGUUGUGUGUGUGUUUUUUGUUUUUGUUUUUUUAAGUACACAUUGUAAAAAAACACAAACAAACUUGAUUGCAUGACAGUCAAUAUAAAGCAAUACGUUCUGCAGAUUUUGCAAUGUUUUGAAACAAAGUCUUCUACUUGAGGGCUGGGUUUUAAAUGUCAAUUGGUAAAUAAAUUUUCCAUAAUAAUAGGUUCCUAAUUAAUGGUAAAUAUCUACUUAAAUUACAGUAGCUACCUAAUGUUCUUAUUUAAUAAAUGCAGACAUUCUCUGUGAAACUGUCUUGAAACUUAAGAACCAAGUUCUGUUGCAUCAUACAAUUAUUUUAUGAUUUACCCACAAAUACUGGAAAAUUCCUUUUUUUUUUUUCUUCACUCCUCCAGCAAUGCUAGGGGAUCAUUCUUUCUCCUGGAUAGUUAAGGAGUUCAUUUUGAAGAUCUAAAGUGAUCCUGAACAGUCUCGGCUGCUGCAACUGCUACCAGAUAUAUAACUCUAUAGCCAUUUGGCCUAAAAUUUACAAUUCCAUUGGCAGUUCUCCACAAUUCCUGUUCAGCGAAUACACCCCUAUAUGUGAAUGAUGGUAAUAUAACCAAAUAAACCAGAACUUAUCUCUAGUCUUAGGAGAUAAGAUAUACGACAUGGUUAUGUGUAAAUGCAAGUACCGGUACUCUGUAAUGAAAAACAAGUAAGAAGAAAAAUCUUUACAACAAAUUUUUAUUCUGGUAUUGCACAAAGACAAGUAGGGGAAUACUUUAUCAAUUUCAACCGUUCAUUGCGGCUUAUUUAAAGGGUUAAAGAUGCCCAUUGGGUCCAAAUAGCACCCAUACUUAUAUACAAGGAACACUAUAGGGCCCGGAACACAAACAUGUAUUCCUAACCCUAUAGUAUUAACAAACUACAUUAAGAUGGUGACUAUAGUGUUCCUUUAAAAUAUGUCUGCCCAACAAGUUUUUGUUUUGUAGUAAUUCUUUAUUCAUUCUUUGAAUUAAUGAAAUUGUUGCCUCUUAAAAAUAAGCUAACAUUUUUAUUUAAGAAAAUGUACAUUCUAAUAGCUAAAUAAAUGUCUAUUAUUUAUGUGUAUCCCUUACCUUUCCCCAAUUGCUUCUAAUCUCUCAGCAUCUGUUCAUUUCUUCCUGUCUACUCUAGUUUUCUUUAAAACAAAAGACAAAGUAGGGACUAUUUGGUCGUAUGUAUUUUUCCUAUGCUUGACCAGCUUUGACCCAGGGGAGGAGCCAAGUCGGCUCCAUUUCUUGUGGUCAACGGAAUUUUCUCACAAUUCUCACCUUCCUCUUGCUGCUUCAUUCAGCGUUCGAACGCCGGUGAAACUACCGAAUUUCGUCCUAACAGAAUGAGAACAGUUUGUUCAUUUGUGUUAGGAUGCAAUUCGGGACUUUUAUUUGGAUCGGAAUUUUAUUCGAAUGAAUGAAACACCAAUCUAUUUGUGCCACGGCUGCAUCUUGCAGUCGCUUAGUAAAUAGCGCCCUAAUUCCCACGGUAUUCGGGAGCUAUUUAUUAGGAGGCUGAAAGAAUUAAGUGUCGUUGUCCCCCACUCAUGCACCAAGAGUGGGGGCCACUAAACUAAAUGAGGGACCUAGUGUCCUCCCUCGGCCCCCACCCAUGAGCGGUAUGUGGGUCCCCAAGAUACAAUAGGGGGGAGCUUACUCCCUCCCUCCCCCGGCACCCAACCAUGCAUGGGUGGGACACGCCUAUUGUCCACACCCCUGGGUAUCCAAGCGCGGCAGGUGGGGACCCUAAAAUACAAUGGUAAGACCUAAUGUCCAUUAAAAAAAAUAAAACUGCUGGGGGGGAAAAAAAUCCCAACUCUUAUAAAAUAAUACAUCUUCACCCAGUGAGGGCACCAGACUGAGCUCCGCAAGGCAGGAAAAGGCUUGUAAAGCCUUCCCACACACUGCAAUUUAACUCAGAGUGCUCUGGUUGGUUUAAGCCAGGGGGAGGAAGUUAAGACAUGCCCCUACUCUCGGUAUAGCGAGUAGGGGCAGAUUAAUUACUAAUACGAAGUAAUCUUUACGUUACAUUAGGGGGGAGGAGCCUAUUGUCCACCCCAGUAGGUCUCUUAAAAUGUAAAACAUGUAGAUUUGGCUGAACAUAAGCCUUUCUAGUGCAAAGGUAGAUCCCCCAGAUGUUGUAGAACUACAACUGCCAUGAUGCUUUGCAUGCCUUUAGAAUGACAAAGAAUCAUGGAAGCUGUAGUCUAAAAGCUUCUGUGGUUUUCCUUUUGGGCACCACUGCUCUAGUGGUUGUCCAAUAGAGACAUACAAUUUUCAAAGGACUUCAUGUUCAUAAGUGACUCAAAUAUCCAGAAGCACUUUCAAUUACUACAAAAUCAUAUAAAUGUUCAAACAAUUUUUUAGUUAUUAAUUAUUAAAUUCUGGCUAUUUUGGUGUAAAACUUGAAUUGUCAGUUUUUCCCAAUUACUGGUUUUGAAAGAAAAAAAACUAAACCCUAAACAAAAUUAAAAUCCCUCAAGUCUAAGGACUAAGUCAGAUGUAAACUUGUGCAUGGGGGGAGGGAGGGUUCAGCCAGCCAUCCUUUAGUGUGAAAUUAUUUAUUUGCUUUGUGGACAACUUUUUUGCACAUUGCUGUAGAUUUAUUUUCUUGUACCUGUCAGUUUAUACUCCGGCAGACUCAAAUCAUUUUAUGAGGUGUCAUGAGUAUAUGUUUGGUUUAAGCCCUUGUGAAAACCUGAAUGAUUAGCUGUUUUUAUUAGGGAUUUUACUAACUAGCCAAGACUAUAAACUGAUUGGUCAAAAGGCAAGCAUUGGCUUUGCUGAUUUCCUUAUACUCUAUAUCCCACUAUUCUGAGCCAGCAUUUGGAUGGGGACAUGGUGCUCAUUGUCUGCCCCUGCUAUUGUUUAUCUGUACUAUAUAUUGGAUGGUAGAGGGUUCUUUAUGAAAUCUUUCUGACUACUAGGCAUAAAGUCAUUUAAGAAAAUGGUGGGAUUUUAAGUUUGUAUUUAGAGAUUAAUCUGAGCAGAUUGGCUGCAGUUAGUGUGCUAAUGUUGUGCUUGAUAUGGGCCCAGAGUGGUUUACCUCACGAAAAUGAAGUGUGCUUCAAUUUAUCCACUGUCUAAAAACAGUCUAGAUUGAUCAAUAAAGUAUAUAUGUGGAGUUUUAUUGUUUCUUUGAAUCAUUAAGCACUCAUACACCUAUGUUUUUCACAAGCAAGACUUCCUGGUGUCCAAAUUCUAACCCUAGCUUCCUUUUUGGACUCUACACACCAUCUUCUCCACUAGAACCAUUUAAUCAGAAAAUAAAUCAUUCUCAUUUCAGGAGGCCACCAUCAGAGCUCUCUCUCAUUUAAGUUGUUUUUUUUUUGUUUUUUUUUUCAGUAUGCUUUAUAAAGAAUUAAGGGCACUUUACAGUGGUGGCAUUAGCCACCUACACUAAUUUCGUAAAAUUGUGGCUCUGUGGCUAGGGGAGUACCACUAGAACAGUUUUGAUAUCCUUUUAGAUUGGACUUGUUGUCCUAGAUAAGAAAAUGGCUGGGCACAUGAAUUGUAUCUGUACAUAAAGUUUUAUGCACAGAUUAACAGCAAUGUUUUGGCUAUUGUGGACCUUUCUCACUUUUGAGAGAGGUUCACACACAAACCAAAUAUUUGCAGUUACCUGGCUGUUUUUGUAUGCCGGAUAAUUGUCCGACACCCAGACUGCGGAGCACUGGACUCUGCUAUAUAAAUAAAAAUGAGUGUCGUCUCCAUUUUAUCAUAAUUUGUGUUCUCUUCUCGUUUUGUUCUCCAUAAAGAGAGUCUACAUUAUAAUAUGCAUACUGUUUCUUGAACAAGGCAGUUGAAAUAAAUAUGCAUGUAUAAGUUUUUCUAAAUGUUACUGUUAUUAAUAUCUCCUCACUUCUGCAGGCUUUGCACCUGAAUGGGCCCAGCAAUGACUUCUUUGAUCAUGCUGGGCAGUGUCCAUUCAACUGCUUAGAGGAGCAUGUAUAACAUUAUUAAAUAUUAGAUCUUUUACAAACCGUAUGAGUAAAAUACUCUAAUUGUAGUGUUUUGAAUUCUUUCUUCCUGUGAAGUUGUGAUUUUCUUCUUUAUUUGUAUGACUUUUAUCUGUCACAUAGAAGGCUGCUUUGCACUAGCAGACAAUUAGCAGAGCAAGAGAUAAGAACUAUAUUGGGGACCCUACAAGCACAAUAACCACUACAGACCACUGGGGAGACCCAGAUGAGUUGUCAAACCAUAAAAAAAAUGUUUGGCUACUUUCGAUGGGGUAGCACUGAGGCACUAGUGGCAGCAUAACUAUAACCGCAGUUAUGGUGUUUAGAGUGUUCUUUUAAAGUAAACCUACUCUGCUAAAAUCGGUUACAUUUGAACACCUUUUUUCAGGAAGUGUGUAGGGAGGCUGUAUGAGUGACAGGUAGGGUAAAUGUGGCUAGGGCUGCAAAAAUAAAGCCAUUUAACACCAGAGAAUUGAGCAGUGAGAAUAACCAUUUCAUUAACUAUAGAUGUUUUGGUGCUUAGACUGAUCCUUUAAUAAUAACAACUUAAAUCAGGGUUUCCCAAUUAAUUUUUCCCGUGGAACCCUUUGACAUGGUAUAGCAAAACUUUCGAACCCCAACAAAAAUGUGCGCCGUAGAGUAGCGCAGCGCAAACCUUUCAAUGAGCAGAGUGUAACGUUCUCUUUUACUGGCAAAUUUAUUUUUUUAUAUCUGGUUUAAUUGUUGACAAUUGUAUUUGCAUGUCUGCAGUUGCGUCAAGCCGAUUUCGAUACUUUGUUUUUGUUGCAGAGUAAAGUGAGAAUCCAGUUUCACGUGCUGGUGCUGGCAAAUGGCAACAGAACUUUGACUGCCCGCUUGGACAAUUCUGGGUAUUCUUCGCGUAAAUUACCCCAAAAAGCAAUAAGAGAAACUUCUUUAAAAGUUUGGCUUAGUUGACUGUCAGAAGUUAUAUCGAUCAGAUUCUUAAAAUCUACAUCAGAAAAAUUGUCUGGCUUGUCUUUUAUGAAUGAAUUUCGAACCCACUCUGAAUGGAAAAUACUGAUUUAAUAGAUGUGAUUAAAUGGCGAAGAUGAUCUACAAUUUCAUAGCUAAUUUCAUCUUCAAGUUCAAUUUCUGAUUCUUCAAGAAAAUCCUUAAAUGUUGGCAAAGAGUUCAAAUUAUUUUGCUCAACAGAUGAGGUCCAAAACUGCAGUUCACGAGACAGUGAAAAUAUUUUCUCUUGUUUUAAAAAUAUUAGUGCUUUUUCCUUAAAGUGAUAAACCUACAUCAUUUAAUUUUGUGACUGUCUUCAAGAUAUGCUACUUUGGAUUACCACAGAGUGUUUGUUAAUCGAUCAGAUAAUUCAAAUUUAUGAUCCUGGAAAUAUGCAAACAACUCUUGACGCAAUUCAAACAUUCUAACAAGGGCUACCUUGUGAUAGCCAACGGACUUCUGAAUGCAAAAGCAGAGCAGAGUGGUAACCAGUGCUUUUGUAUCUUUUUUUUUUUUUUUACACUCCACUCACUUAAAAUACAUGACACUAUUUCUUUGGCACUGGGUUUUAUUAGUGAUUCCCCAAUUGUGUGUGCCUCUCCUUCAAGUGCUAUGCGGUAACUCACUCUGUAAGAAGCCUCUGUGGCUUUUUGAUUAGCAUUUUGGAAUUUUUUGCUCAUAAAUUGUUUACUCUUCUGAUACUGCUUUCGCUUAAAAAAAAAAAAAAAAGUCAAUGUCUUUAUCUUUGUACUCUGCGUGGAGUUCCCUGCUUUAACAAGCUUUCCAAAUUAAUGGUUGUUUAUUAGUCAAAACAAAACACUUUGAAAAAUACAGAUCUCACAACCUGACUGAAAAGGAUGCUGAUUUUGAUAACGCUCUUAGAAAGAACGGAACUAUUGCAGGAUUUUUGAGUUGGACUUUGAGCAAAAAGAUUUGAACACUUUGAAAAAUACAGUUAACAGUUUUUUUGCCCCUGACAGAGAUUUCUAUGUCCCUACCUAACAGAGCUUUAACUAUCAGCUCCACUCUUUAUCACUCCUCUACCAUGAGUGAUAGAAAAUGGCUGACGGCUUGGCUGGCUGACUGCUGGGUGGGCUCUCUCAUGGACGAGCUAAGUGUUAGUGGCAAGGCGGGCUUAAGAUCGAUCCCGCGAUUUCUGCUGUUUCUGACCUUCCGGGAACAGCAGGUAGCGGCGGCCAUGUUGGAUGUGGCAAAAUGCGGCGGAACCCCGAUUGGGAAACGCUGACUUAAAUGAUAUGGACAAUAAAUUUUUUUUUUUUUUCACCUUUUUGUUACUUUAAUUUUUAUGUGAUCUUACAUACCUUAAGUUAGUACUUUAUCUAUUGUUUGUUUUGUGUAUUCUAAAUAAAGAAUGUAAUAUUUGGCAGCUUACACCUGGCUCACAUUUCCAGAAUAACUGCUCAUUAUGUAAGUUAAACCAGUUAUCUAAUUGAGGAUAUCCAUCUUCUCUCAAUUUGCCUUUUCUUUUAUUAUAUCCUUUUUGCCUUCCCCUGUGGUUGCAGAUAUUACUGUAGUGAGAUUAAAGGAAGAGAGUGAAUAUUUUAUUUUUAGACCUUGAACUUUAUGUAGGCAAAUAACCACACAUAAUUAAAAAUUGCCUUUUAAAGCUACUAAACAAAUCUAGAAAUAUAUGGAUUUUUUUAACGGUUACCGAAUAUAAAGACAAUGAGACAGAUUACAUUGUCAGAUAUUCUUUAUAUGGACACUUCAAGCUGUUGUCAAUAAUGGUAAAAGUUCAAUAAAUCUAUAAGUAAAAAAGAAAGUUGUAAAUGUUGGGGUGUUUCUUGCUUUUUGCAUAUCAGGAGCUUUUCCUGUGACCAGAUAGGUGUAACCAGGUUACUGUAUAUAGUAGAGUAUAAGAAGAGUUUUUCAGCACAUUUUUUGUGCUGAAAAAGCCCCACUUGUCUUAUACUCGAGUCAAUGUCUGUAUUAUGGCAACUUACAUUGCCAAAAUACAGACCAGGACCGCCGGGCUUGUAAUGAGGUCCUGUUGGGGGCUGGCAGCAAGCUGUUACUUGCCUAUACAGAAGCUCCUGUCAGCUUCCUUCUCCUCCGUGCUGUCUCGCGGGAGCCGCGGUGUCAGAGCGUUGCCCCGGGUUACCGUGGCAACUCUCCGCGCGGCACUCAGGCCGGGAGAUUUACACUGGAGCUGAACGGCACGGAGGAGAAGGGAGCUGACAGGAGCUGCUGUAAAGGUAAGUAACAGCUUGCUCCCAGCCCCCCUCCUGCCCAGCCCAUCCACUGGACCACCAGGGAAUAAUAUAGCACCCCUCCCUGGCCAUGUAUCAAGCAAAAUAAAACGUUUAAUAAUAUUAAAAAUUAAUUUUAAUAUUCUAAUAAUUUAAAAAAGUAAAUAAAAAUGCCCACCCCCACCAAGGUUACACACUCUGCAUCACAUACACAAACGCACUCUGCAUUCAUUUAUAUACACACACUGUGAAUAAAUAUUCAAUUAAUAUAAUUAUUUGGGGAUCUAAUUUUAUUUAGAAAUUUACCAGUAGUUGCUGCAUUUCCCACCCUGGUCUUAUACUCGAGUCAAUACGUUUUUUUUGUUUUGUUUUUUUCUUCAGUUUUUUACGGUAAAAUUAGGGGCCUCGACUUAUAUUUGGGUCGACUUUUAUACUCGAGUAUAUACGGUAAUUUAUAAAAGUGCCAAUUUCUGUUGAAGUCUGCACCUUUUUUGUAAAAUGAAAAAAGAGCAGAGUUUCAUCAAGCUAAAGUGUUCUUUUCAGUUUUAUGUCAAAUAUCUUUUUACCACUAGAUUAGUUGCAGUGCAACACUAGGGAUAUCACCUUCUCUAGUGGCAAAAUACUGCAUAUGCAAGACUGCGUGAAAAUAAAACGUAAAAAGUCCCUCUUCCUUCCCACCUUUGCCAUAAAAGAUCCCCCAAAUGCCCCAGUUGUCUGCCUGUUUUUGGCAGGGUAGGUAGUCGGGACUCACUCUCUUUCUGUCAGCAUGGUGAGGUGGCUGCGGCCAGGGAUCAUUACGCCGGAUUGGAGAGCAGCUUUGGUUGUGGGUUGACUCUCUUUUUUUACUCUUGAGCAUUGGACCGCACGCUGGGUGCCUGUGUUUCACACUUUUAUUAGUUCCAUCGAGUGAAUGCCAGACGUAGUGUGCAGCUGGGAGGAUCUUCAGGUGGAACGCAUGUACCAAGAGAUUGUGGUGCUCUACACACAUGCACAUUGUGAUGUUGAUGCCAAAUCAAAACAGGAAGGCAUUGGAUACUUUAUAUACCCAUCCAUAACUACCUGACAGCCAGUUGCUGUUCAGGUAUGUUGAAGGUGUGCUCUCCCUAGUCCUCUAGCACAAUCUGAGGCCUAACAAGGUAAGAGGUGUUUUUAAACUUUACUUUUGUUUUAGGCUUUCUGUCCCCUGGUCAGUUAGGUAUGUUUCUUUUCUUUUAUAGUAUGUUUAAACCUGAAACCUGUAGAGAAAGCAAAGUGUCUGUCCAAGUCCAGACACCUUAUCUGUGCAUCCUGCAGUCAGCCUAUGCCUGAUUGGUAUGAAAAUAAAAUGUGAUAUUUCUUUGAAAGAGGCAGCGGAAGAAUCUAAGAAAGCUAAGGUUUCCUCUUUCCUGUCUUGGUACCAGUCCAGUCUCCAACAACCUAGUGGUAAGAUAAGUGAAGCAGCUGUUCAAGCGGCUCAGUUAUCUGUAACCCCUGAAUGGGACUUAAGACCCUCUCUUAGAAAUAAGAAGCUUAGACAGGAUAAGUCUUUAGACAAGUGUCGAAUCCUCAGGUAGCUCUUAUCAGAAAAAGCAUCUGAAUUUUCAUAAGGCAUUUGCAUACCUGAUGAAUUCUUGUGUAAGCUUAUUAAAGAGGUUUCAUUGUAUAUGGAAGAUGCUCCAGAUCCUAGCAAACCUAGGCAAAUGAAAUCCUUAAAGAUCUUAUGCUGAGAGAGUGGAGAGAUCAUUCCAAUAAGGCUUUUAUUACCAACACUUUCUGCCUACUGGAGAUUCAAACGGGUUGCAUUAUGCUACACAUAAGAAAGCGGAAACUACUUUAAGACAUUUUUUUCUAACCAAUGCUGCACAAAAUAAGGCCUUUAUUUUGAAAUCUUCAGUAGCGAGGGCACAAUGCGCCUGCUUGGACUCAAUGGAAAAAUUCUAUGGGAGACUUUAAAGAGGGUCGUGGCUUCAGAUCUUUUGGAAAACUCUACUUCAGUAGCAAGAAGGGCAGUCUGGCUGAGAGUAUGGGUUGUGAACUCUGCAUCCAAGCACUCAUUAUGUGAUGUGCCAGUUGAACAGGAGAGACUGUUUGGUUACCAACUAGAUGAUCUUCUAAAACAGAUGGAAAAGGGGGGGUGGGGUGGGGGGGAGCACUUCUGUAAGAUAAAAAGAAGGAUCACUGCAACAAGAGAUUCUUCAACAACAGAUCAUCUAACAGAUUCCUUUCACAGGACCAGUUCACGCAUCUAUUAAAGUCAGACUUUAUAGCACAGAUAAAGGCAAGUUUGUGGGAAAGCAAAAGCGGCACAAAUUCUGACUCUGAGAUAGUAGGGGGAAGACUACUGGAGUUUUUGGAAAAUUGGCACAAUAUUGUAACAGACGAAUGGGUCCUCUGUUAUAAAAAGGUUAUUACGUAGAAUUCAACAGUACUCCUCAAAGUGGGUUCCGCAGUUUAAUAUCCCAUCAUGUCAAUAAAUCUCCAUCUGGUCUCCGUCCUCAAAGAACCACAGAUUACUUUUUUUUAAAGAAACCAGACUGCUCUUUUGGACCACAAUUGGUCGGUGUAUCAUCACGUCUUUCAGAAAAUAUUCCGCAUUCGGAGCCGGCUGGGGUAGCAGUAAUUAGUGAUGCCGGGAGCCGGUAUCACUAUAGGGAGCAGGGAGGAACUGCAGGUAGAUAAGUGAGCAGCCCCACUGGACCACAGGGAAAGAUCCACUCAGCUCUCCCAAAGGUAGGGAGGCUGGGUGGACAUAAAUAAAAAUGUUAAUUCUUUAGUUUAUGUAAAAUGGUUUGUGUGUCAUUGUGAAUGUGUAUCUGUUUAGGUACCGGCCCCCCUCCAAUCGCACGGGAAAGGUGGUUUUUACUCUCCUUUUUUCCCAUGCCGCGCCUUUCUCUGUGGCUGGUCCGCCUCCAUGGCCGAGAUCAUCAAGAUUUGUGAUCUCAGCUAAGUCAAUGUUUUCCCAUAGGAAAGGUUUAGGAGGGUAUUGCACAUACGCAGCAACAGGCUGUACUGCGCCAAUCGGCAUCUUUUCCUAGAGAUGCAUCUCUAUGGGGAACAUUCAGCACCUCAAUGCAGAGCAUGGAGAUGCUGAACCAAUGUCUGAGUGACUGCCACUAGAGGUGUCCCAAGGCAGCAAUGUAAACACUGUAUUUUCUCUGAAAAGGUAGUGUUUUCAUUUAAAAGCCUUCAGUGACAUGCUACAGACACCAGAACAACUACAUUAAGCUGCAGUGGUUCUGGUGACUAUAGUGUCCCUUUAAGAAUUGAAUUUUUCUCAUUCCAAAUUAAACUUUGUUAGUUUAAAAAAGGCUGACUCCUAGAUUCCAAACAAACCAUUGAAUCAAUGCAUCUCUAUGAGCCAUGUUCAGUGUCUCCAUGUAGAGCAUGGAAGCACUGAAUGUCAUCCAGGAAGCACCACCAGCACCAUGCAGGCAACACUCCAAUAGUAAGGAUGAUAUAUUUAUUGAUCAGUGAACCACCCCAUAGAAAGUGCGACGUUUCGGCUCAACGGAGCCUUAAUCAAGGAUAUGUAAUGCAUGUCAUUUAGAUACAUGUGUUUUUUACUUACAUGCAUAUGUUAUGUAUGUCAUUUAGAUACAUGUCUUUUUUAAAUUUUAUUGAUGAAUUCAUUGGUUGUGGGGUUAUAUAUGCACAUUUGCACUUUAUCCAUAUACAUGAUUAAGGCUCAGUUGAGCCGAAACGUUGCACUUUCUAUCUGGUGCUUCACCUAUCAAUAAAUAUACCAUCCUUACUAUUGGAGUGUUGCCUGCGUUUAUUCCUUUCGAAAUCUAGUGGCAGUCUGUCAGCCAGCCAGUUUUUCAUCUAAAUGUAAACAUUCUCAUUACUGAGAAAAUAGCUGUGAUAUCAAUGAUCAAUUGUCAGUUCAUUUAUGAAACAAGGGAAGACUUGUUUUCCAAUAUUAGUGGAGAUUCAAUAUUCAUUUAGGGACAAUACUGUUUAAGUUGGAUUACAUUUCCAAUAAUUUUCUGCUGGAGGAGUGUUAAAACCCUUGUUCCAGGUACAUAAUUACACCUUGCAGCCAAUUAAAAUACAGAUCUAUCGCAAUGUAGCAAAUAAAGCACCUAAUUCAACAGGGGGAGUAAAAUUAAGGUCCAAUUUAAUUCUUCUUUAAUUAUGUGCCAUGUUUAUUUUAAAGUUCUCCUUUUAACGCAACACUAUGCAAACACUGCCUCCUCACUAUGGUAGAUUUUUUUUUUUUUUGGCAGAGUAUGUAUGCUUUGUAAACAGAGGGUUCUGCUCUGUUUGAGGUAUUCAGAGGGUUAAAUCUAGGUAAAGGGCAGUGGUUAAACCUAAACAAGGCAUGUGUCCUGUCUACAAGGACAAUCUGUACAAGCCACAAAUUCACAUAAACCUUCAUCUAGUUAAUGUUUGGCUAUAGAAUCGAAAGACAACCAUCUCUGCUUAUCUUUCACCCAUUCAGACUUUUAUAUUCGUUUUGAACAUUUGCUAGAAAUAUCAUCCAGAACCUUACUAUUCAAGAUCACUUUCCCCAUUAAACACCUGAAUCUUGGUGGUGGUAGUAGUAGUAUACAGAAAAGAUAGUUAGAAUGCUCUGCUAGGAACUGUAGAGAAUUGAAGCGGGAAUUGCAAGUCUAUGCCCAAAAUAGACAUAGGAAUGUUAAAAAAAAAAAAAAAAAAGUCAGAAAAUUCCCUUUUCAAUUCUUCAGAAUGAAGAGUUUGUCGAAUAACCCUGAAAGUGUAUGUAAGGAAGAAACCUCACCCACCCAUCUCUUGUCCUUCUUCAUAAAUCGUGCAGAGAGGGGGUUGGGGAUGUUUGCCUUUCUCUAGUUUAGAUCAACAAAGUAAUCUGUCCAAAGUUAAACUCUGCAUAUUUUAUGUUUAUAGAGUCAGUUAAUGCAUGCGUUUCUCCAGCUGUGUUAUAUAUUUUAUUGUAGCCGUUGUAUUGUUUGCUAGAGGUAUGUGCUGCAGGUAGAAACAGUGGCUAAUUUAAGUGUGGUGAAUAAGUAAAGGUUUGCAAGUAUGUGAAGGUCUGAAAAUGUAACUUUUACAUAUCAGUCCUAGUUGUAUGUGCGGAACGUGUAAUGUAACUAUCCGUGCCAGGCAGUGAUGUUAGAUAAGAGUCCAGCCACCUGGCAGGCAGACAGUGAGCUCCGUCUGGAGGGCUUUACAAGAGCAUUGCACCUUGUGUGCUGCACAGACUAUCGCCAAUUGGCACUCUCUCCAUCACUACCUCAUUGCCCUUUCUUUGUUUCUCUGUAUAACUUUCCUCUCUACUCUCAAUAGUUCACAACUGAAUAACCACUCAUAUUGUGGUGAUCUUUCACUUGUACGUGCUUCCCCUAAAUGCAUGCACCUGCUAUUGCACGAACAACCUGUCUCACAUGUUCCCUCUCCCCCCUCACUCCCUUCUCACAGGUCCCUCUUGUAUCCAUACUCCUCCCCUUUGUUUUUAUCUGGACUCCCCUCUUCCCUCCCCCUGUCAACAUUAGAGACCUGCAGCCUGCUGAUAAGAAAGCAAGCUUUCCCUGCUUCUUUCUCCAGCAGUCGCUCUCGCGCGCGUGCUCUCUCUCUCUCUCUCUCUCUCUCUCUCUCUCUCUCUCUGUGUUCUGUCUUGCCCAGUAUCUCUCCUCCCACCUGUCUCUUGCACACUCUGUGCUCACUCGCUGCCACAUGCUCUCUGCCCUCCAGCCUCUUCAUUGAAGAGUUUACCUUCUCUCCUUCUUUGUCUUUAUUUCUGAUUGUUAAGAUGAACUUUUUCUCACUCUGUCAUCUCUCUCUAACUUGCUCUGUAUCCUCACUUUUCCAUCCUGUUUAAACUCACGUCAAACCUACUUUAACCCAAGAAGUCCCUCUUCCUGAGUUAUUCCCUCACUCGACUCUUUGCUUCUCAUAUACCUAUAGCUCUGCCUCCCCUGCUCCAUCUUAAUGUGGGGUGCUUGAAUUUAGGUCACCUUGAAUUGUGGGCUCUGUGGCCUGAGGAUGUCGGCCCUGCAGAAGUUGGAGAGCUUUGCCUCACGGGUGUUCAGUCGUGGACCCCGCAGCCCAGCCCCGGGGAGAGAGGCAGGGCUCCCCACCAGCCCUCAGACACCCACCCUGCCUAACAGCGUGCUGUGCUGGGACCGGGAGAGUGAGUGUGCGCCAAGCUUUGUGCGGCAGGGAGCUGUGAGUGCUUUUGCGCGAAGCGCUGCGUUAUAUUUGAGAAAAACAAUCACAGACUAUCUUUUGAGGGUUGAGUGAUCAUGGGCUUUAACUUGUGGGGUACACUUUAAUUUGUGGUUGAUGAAGAGUGUCAGAUUAGAUCCAUGGGAGGGAAUGCUCCAAAUGAAUGUGUCAGAUGGGUGAAGUGCUGUGAAGUUCUUUAAAGCUCUGUGUUGGGGACUGGUUUAAAUGGUUGUGAUGCUCUGCAAUGGUGUAUUAUAUUGGUUACAUUGUAGAAAUGUGUUCUGCUUUGGAGAUGCCCUGCAUUGUUCCUGAUGAAGCACAGUCAGGCGAUAUGCUGUAUUGCUUUGGCGAGCACAAUUACAUGAUGCUCUGCAUGCCUCCCUUAUCACACCCUCUUAAGGCAAAGCUGAGAGGCUCUCUAAAUAACUCUGAGCAAUGUUCUGCAAUACUGGAGGAGGGGGCAGAGGGCCUUGUAACCAAGGGAUGAUAACUGCUCUGUAACUAAUCUGUAAUUUUAACUUCCUGCUCUUUUCUGGCUAGCUUUAUCGCACAGUUUCAUUGCUUCGCGUGACAUCUGUCACAAUGUCACCCUGUGUUUCUUACAGGACCAUGUCUUUUUAACAUGCAGGUUAAGGGGCACAAAGCAUAUUAAGCUCCUUUACAAAGUAAGCUGACAAUCUGAAUUGCCUCUGGGCAUAGGAUGGGCACAGCUGGCAUAACCGGUUAGACUCUCGUCAAAAGGUGUGGCUUACAUCCUCAGGGGGCAGGGCUUGUGUAAACACAUUUCUUAACCAUGUUGUGGCCUGACAGUUCUGCUAUCUCUUGAUAUUCAUCUGUGUAUGUAAAAAGACAGAUGCCUAUCAUUGCUUUGUGCUUCUUGAUACUCCACUCAGAGAGAUUAUAACUUUCACAUUCACCAUGCUUUAUUGGAAUAAUCAUUUGUACAUGCUGAUGUACAGGAGAUGAAGAAUGCUGCCCUGCACUGUGUAUAUUUGUAUAUUGCAUAUGUUCCAGGAAUAUAAUACGUUUAUGCUAAAGGGGGUGCUUUGAUUAGUUAAUUGAUCCCCAAUGACCACAACAGUAUUUGAAUCCUGUAUACUGUAAGGAAGCACUUCUCAUAUAUGGCCCAUCGACAUGAAGCAGUAACAUGUCCACAAAAACUUGUCUAGUAAUGGAAUGACAGGCAUUUGGCUCUUGUUUGACAGGAAUUUUUUUUUAAUUUUUUUUUUUAAUUGUCUGUCCUUGUCACAAAAUGUCUAAAGUAGACUUGGGGCCUGUCAGGCUCCAGUGAAACAGAUAUUUAUUAAGUAUUCUGCUCAUAAACUGUUUAAAAUUAAAUUCUUGUGUUCAGUGGGGUUCAAAAUAUGCCAGUUUGUCACUCAUAGCACGAACGCAGAGGAAAAGCUUGUCUUUAGGUCCAUCACUAUGUCACUGUUUAGUAUUUGAAUGAUCUCUGUAUUACACAGGCAUAAAUGUGAUGCAUGGCUUGUUUAGAAUAUCCAUCAGGUUGUGUAUGUUAAUGGUUUGUGUAUUACAUUACGGGAGACGGCAUCAUAAGGUGUGCCUCUAUAUGUCAUUGCAGGUGCCAUGUAACCAGCCUCUGCAUUACACUCCAGGAGAUGUAGGACCUGCAUUACAUGGCAGGAGACGUCGUCCAGAUUAUAUUACUUGGACGUUAUAUUUGACCUUUGUAUUGUGUAGCAGGACUAGUAGAGUCUACCUCUGUAUUGUGCUGCAGUAUUGCAAGUUGAUUUCUAAGAGUGGUAUGGCUAUAGUAGGGGAGAAAACCUCUGUACUGUUUGGUCAGGUGUCUCUAGCAGUUGUGCACAGUAUCUACAACGUCUUGUCAUCUCUCUGUGUUGCAUUAUUUAUAUGAUUAUCCUGGGUUAUACCCAUUAGUUAAGUGUUCUACGCCAGUAAGAAGAGGCCUAUUUGAGAUAACUGUCUGUAUAGAACACCAAGAGAAUUAGAAACUGCCACUGCAAUGUUAUUGAAGAAACCAGUUACCUGUGAACAAGCAGGAUAUUUAAUUUUUUUUUUUUUUUUUUUAUUUCAAAUUUAUUUAUUUUUAACCUCUGUGAAUCAGUAGUUGACAGAAGUAAUACGUUCUUUUCUUUUGUUAAUGGUUUCUGGGUUACUUGAUUGAUGUUCUGUAAUCUGUGCUAGAACAUCCGAGUUCAUAUGAGAACCUUUGUGUUAAUGGUGCUGAGAGCUGACUAGUCUACCCACCUGAAUAUUUCCUAAUGUAGAGAGGAGGGGACUGUUUUCACUAAAUAUCUGCCAUGUGAGGGGAGGGAACUCAGUAAGGGGUCAUUCUAGCUGAUAUUUUUCUCUACGAGUUCAAAGUCCUGAUUACCAUGAACUGGUACCUCUAAUACAGAACAUUUAAAGUCUAUGGAUGAACGAACUGCAUAUUGUAGAAUUGGUUAUGUGCUGGGUAUAUGGAUUUUGUACUAUUAACCGAUGGGGCUGAAUGGCCAUGGACUAUGUGUGUGGCAGGUACUACAUUCUUUAGUGUGUCUGACAUUGCAGACUUUUUCCCUCUUGUUCUGCUCUUGUACAAUUAUUUUCUUCCUCUCUCCCUGAAAUAUUCAGUCUUUUGAUCUCUCCUGUUUGCCAUGACCUUAAUAUAAUUGUCUUCCUCCCCACAGUGAAAGAAUUCCUGGCAAAAGCGAAGGAAGACUUUCUGAAAAAAUGGGAAAACCCAGCACAGGUAAGCUUGAACAACUGAUAUAUCAAGUAAUAUUUGGCGUGUGUGUAUAUGUGUAAGUAUUAAUUUGUAGUAAUUGGCCUCUAUUGCGUUGCAUGGGUGGGUAUGCUUAGUGGGUGAAGGCCUCUGUAAUGUAUUUUGAUGCAUGAGUACACCUGUUAUGUUGAGGUUUGGUCAGGCAUUUGGGUGUAGUAUCUACAUCUUGCUAUGUGUCUGUAUUGCAUACUUUGUAAUAAUGACUGUGUGUGUGUGUGUGUUUAGCUUCAGAUCUGAGAAAGAAAGGAAAACUCUCGAAAGCUUGUCUUUGAAAUAUUAUGUUGGUCCAUUAAAAAGGUAUCAUUGCAUACUGCAAUACUCUGGUAUAUUGGCAUUUUGUCUACUGGACUAAUACGGCUAAUCCAAUCUAAUAUAAAUAUAUAUAUAUAUAUAUAUAUAUAUAUAUAUAUAUAUAUAUUCUCACCCCAACCCUGUAAUACACCCCUCAAAAGUGAAUCUGGUGGAGUAAUUUUUUUUUCCCCCCCUCCAUUUGAUGCCAUGGAUAUGCCAGAGUGACGGUUGGCUAGGCAACAGUUUGAAUGGUUUAGUAAUAUCAGUCUUACUGAGGCAGGUGUGAACACCGGCCAGUAAAAUGGCUUUUAUGGCAUUAUCCACGGUGGAGUAGUGGAGAGAAAAUUGUUCAACCGAAAUUAGUGAAUUUAAACUAGGAUGUGAGAAGAAAGAAGUGCGGACAAAUCGAUGAUUAGACGUUGUUUAUUAGAGGUGCUAAUGGUAACAACUCCAAUCAGGUUUGUCCGCCAAGUGGAAAAAGGAGGGUGCGGAAAGGGACCAAUAAUAAAACCUGAUGUGGUCUCCUUCUGUAGCAAUUCAUCAACUGCAGUUGGGUCGUUUGUGGCUGAAAGUAAAUUGGUGUAUUCUAGAGUGCCUGUGGGAAGUACUAUGAGCCCUGUAUGAAAACCAUUUGAAAAAGCAGAAAUCAGGAAUUGCACCAAGUGGGGAGAGGGGUGGGUGCGCAAGUGAAAAGCCAGAUUGUCGAUGUUAAUCUCAGUCAGUCCGUCACUUCUUAGGGAAAAGCUUAGAGGGGCACAUGGCUUUUGUAUGUGCCCUAAAGCAGAUGGAGCAAAUGUGCGUUGUAGCUGCACGUUCCUGAGUUGAAAUUGUUGCACACUUGCGCCCUGCCCAGGAAAGACUUGUCUGCCUAGCUUAUCUCUUUGACCCCUUUCCUGACGACAGGGGGGGUAGUGGAGGCAUCUGCUUCGCAGGGACACAAGUUGGAGGAGUGAGUGGUGGAGGAACAUACCACACAAGAUGGGGGUCUCAGGCCGGCAAAGGAUAGAGAAAGAAAGGAUAGAUGACAUGGUGUCUUGAACUUGACCAUAACUGCCUCCCUGGGGCUCCUAAGAACUUGUGCCAGGCCUGUGUUCGUUGGACUGGGCUGCUAGCUGUUUGUAAAGUUCCGCUUUCCUAGCUGUGGCUGGGAUGGAUGCUUCCGAACAGAAAAGCCUGCACGAAUGGGGAGGACUACAGUGCAUACUGAACGAACAGUUAAAGUUUAUAACAAAGCUUAUGGUACAAGACACAUGCGAACGGCGAACAUUAUAAAAACAGGCUAAUCCCAAACGGCUGAGUGAAAGUGGCUAGGAAGGCUACGUUUUUAACCGAAUGGAUGCAGUAAUCUAAACCCGUACGAAUGGGACAAAGAUGGUGAACGUAAGAAUUUUAAAACAGAAGAACGUACAGAAAAACGAGUGAGCAUGCUAUAUGGUACUAUGAAACAUGCGAACGCUAGUAAGUACGUGGAGUUAAGAAGUUAAAUAAACUGCCCUCGUGUAUGAAAAUACCAAGGGAGCCCACCCCCGCGAUUGGUAGGCCCGAACGUGGGGACGCUGCAAAUGGGUUCCCACGUGUACAUACGUAAGUAAGCUGUGUCUUGUGGCCGGAAGCCGGUGUCUAUGAAACGGGAGCCGGGUCGGAGAUAUGGAAGCACUGCAGGCUGGAUCAGAGAGGCUGAACGCCAGGUCCGUGGGCUGCUUGCUGUAAAAUUGGCGGGAAAAAUGAAUCGAAAGUGCUGGAUGUCGUGACGUCACUCGAAUCUGUAACCGGCAAAGGUAAGUAGGGGGGGGGUAGGGUUUAUAUUGGGAAAACUCCUCCCACAAAUUCAGGGCUAGUGUGUGUGUGUGUGUGUGUGUGUGUGUGUGUAUGUAUGUAUGUAUAUGUGUGUGUGUGUAUGUAUGUAUAUGUGUGUGUGUAUGUAUGUAUAUGUGUGUGUGUGUGUGUGUGUAUAUGUGUGUAUGUAUAUGUGUGUAUGUAUAUGUGUGUAUGUAUAUGUGUGUAUGUAUAUGUGUGUGUGUGUGUGUGUGUGUGUGUGUGUGUGUGUGUGUGUGUGUGUGUGUAUAUGUGUGUGUGUGUGUGUGUGUAUAUGUGUGUGUGUGUGUGUGUGUGUGUGUAUGUAUAUAUAUAUGUGUAUAUAUAUAUGUGUAUAUAUAUAUAUGUGUGUGUGUGUGUGUGUGUGUGUGUGUGUAUAUAUAUAUAUAUAUAUAUAUGUGUGUGUGUAUACAAUUCUUCCUGCACAGAGUGUUGGUCAAUAGUCUCUUUACAGAAUAGAAUAUAUAAUAUUGUGUGUGAUAAGCGAAAAGGAUCCAGAAAUUAGAGGUCUAAAAAAUACUUUAUUAAUAUAUAUAAGAACGACAUUCCCAAGAUAGACUAUCUUUAACACAAUGAUGUGGUGUAGACUGGCUGUCUAAAAUGGAAAGCCAGAGUGACCAACAGCCUAAGGAGGGCAGGCAAUAUCGGGGGUAUUCGUGAACCUCCUCCACUAGUGGUCUAUUGAUAAUCAAAAAGUAAAUUAGAAAGGAAUGGUGCCUUCAUGGGUUAUAGUAAAGAAAGAAAAAAUGUGAAACAAUAAUACACAAAACAAAGCAUGCAUAAGCAAGAGGAGUAUCAAUUAGCUGGGUGACAGAAAGUUGGUCUGGUCAGUAAAUUGCUUCCCAGAGUACCCUGAUCGGUAUGUUUGUUAGCACAUAAUUACGUGCAAGUGGCUCUAAAACAGCCAAGAUACAAUUAUUAGUAAGAUACUCAGACAGGGUGAUCCAAUGCUGUUGAGUCCGAGGUCUGAGUCAAAAACCAGUAAAUGAGUUAUGUAGGGUAUAGUGUUUCAACCGCAAACCACAACAAAAAUUCUCAUUAAUGAGAAAAGGACAAUGGUGUUGUCUAAGAUAGUAUCAAUAUGUCGAGCCCGACGCGCGUUUCGCCUUAAUUCAGAGGCUCAUCAGGGGGAAAUGACUCCCUCCCGAAGUUAAUCUUAAAUAACCCGCCCUUCAACCUGAUUGGUCCGAUUUCGGUUGGUGGGUGUGUACACAAGUACGGCCGCUCAAUGGAGACAAAGCUAUAGCUGUAAUAGAGUAUUAUGAUAAGGAAACAUGUCACAUCGAUUAUGUUUUGUUUUAUAUAGAGUAAAUUCAGUCAUAUAGUUAAUCUGUCGGUGAAUAAAGUAAAUUUAAGGUAACAUAUACUGAGUUGAAACAGCUCAUAUCGAUAGGAACACGGAUAAAUAACAGAGGUGUGACAGUCUGUCAUGACAUUGACAAAUCUUCUAUGUGAGCAGUCUGACAGCAUGUCCUGGCAUGGAUAUCUAGCCUACUAGCUGGAAUGUAGAGCCAAUGAUGUAUCAUAGAGAAGAGAAUAUAUCUUCUAUGGAUAAUUAGUGUUCUAUGGUAGAUAAAGACAUGCUUAUCUGAGAGUGUGUGUGUGUAUAUAUUUAUAUAUUUAUAUAUAUAUAUAUAUAUAUAUAUAUAUAUAUAUAUAUAUAUAUUUAUAUUUAAGGCAGGUCACGAUGAUAUUUGCAAUGUGGGCCUUCUUCCAGUUGUUUAUAUAAUUCACACGCAAAAUUCCUGAUCCUUCUCUAUCAUAGUUUGGAAUUGAUAAAUGGUAACUAUGGGGAUUUAUAUACUCAACUGAUAACUGUAAUAAGUUGAAAUAUUGAGGCCAAGAUAGCUGGACUUUUUUUCUUGUUUGUUUUUUUUCGCUUUUUUAAUUUGUGCAAUCACCUUAUCAGUACUGUAUAAAAUAACAGGUUCGUUGAAUAAACCUCUAUCUCUCUUCAAUUCACCUUUUGUCUUGUUUCUCUUAGAACACUGCUCACCUGGACCAGUUUGAACGCAUUAAGACUCUGGGCACAGGUUCAUUUGGUCGAGUGAUGCUCGUCAGACACAAAGAAAAUGGCCAUCAUUAUGCCAUGAAGAUCCUGGACAAGCAGAAGGUAAAGGCCACAACGAUAUGUGUUUUGUUGUCACUAGAACUGUGACUGGUUACCUGGGUGCUUAAGGGAGUACACUAGAACUAAAUAUAUAGUUGAUAAUUUAGAUUUUGGAAUCCCCCUUUCCCCACCAGUGUCCUAAAAUAGGGGUUACUUACCUCUAGGCCAGCGGUAAACUGUUCUGCUACCAAUAAAUUCUCACUAGUGAGGGAUCUCCCAGGCCAAUUUAAUACUUUUCAGAAAAUUGGAUCAAUUGCCGAACAGUGUUGUUAAUGGUGCUUCUCAUUGUUUUUAUGAGAAGCAUUGCCUUGUGCAUUGUGAGCAAGUUAAAGCACUAUCCAUUGAAGUGCCAGGAUGUACAUUUAUCACUAACCUCCGCAGCUCACCAAAUCUGAGUAAGUGGCCCGGUACUGAAUGAUGGCAAGAAGGCAACCGUUAGUAGAGUAUUGUAUCCUGCUGCUACAUCCUGGAAGGAAGCUACAGCAACUAUGUGUGCAAUAUCUCUAGCAUUCUAGCUAUGGCAAAACAUGUAAAUUCAUAAAUAAAGGUUAGGAGUUAAUGGGUUGGGGGGCUUGAGAAGUCCAUAAACCACUGUUCCUUGACUCUUGAAACCUCUAGAUGGCACUAUAUCUCCAUAACCACACUGCUCUGCUAACUGUAAAAAAAUUCAAAAUAAUUUAAUUGAGCUUAACCCCUUAAGGACACAUGACAUGUGUGACUUGUCAUGAUUCCCUUUUAUUCCAGAAGUUUGGUCCUUAAGGGGUUAAAAGACCAUAAUGCAUGUAAAUGAGAUUUUCUUGUGCAAUAAUGGAAAUUGAAUAAGCCACUGUCUACUUCCAGGUGGUUAAAUUGAAGCAGAUUGAGCAUACGUUGAAUGAAAAGCGCAUCUUGCAGGCUGUAAAUUUCCCAUUCCUUGUCCGCCUGGAGUAUUCAUUCAAGGUAAGUGGUAUUGUGUGUGUGUGUGUGUGUGUGUGUGUGUGUGUGUGUGUGUGGCGUGCGCGCAUUAUGAUCUAAACAAUAUCUAUCAAUAGCAUAGUCACCAUAUGCUGUAGGCUGUGGUCUCUCUUUUAACACAUUGAAUUAACCCACCCCCCUGACCCACCUCCAAAUGUGCUGCAUUCAUUUUGUUCUUUAUUCUGUCACUUCUACUUCAUAUAUUUUUCUCAAUCAGGAUAACACUAACCUAUACAUGGUCAUGGAGUAUGUAGCCGGUGGCGAGAUGUUCUCUCACUUGCGUAGAAUCGGACGCUUCAGGUAAAUACCGUCAGAUGCAGUAAAACCUGUGCUAGAUGAAAUACUCUAUUGUAAAUGUGUGUGGCCGAUAGCUGUGAUUUUACAUUUUAACCACAAUUCUUCCUGCACAGAGUGUUGGUCAAUAGUCUCUUUACAGAAUAGAAUGUUAUGGUAACAAGUGCAGCAGACAGUGUAACAUCCUCUUUUCACCUUAGACUAGUAAUAUAGUGUAUUCAUUGUUCUCCUUCCCUGGUGCAAUUAUUAUUAUUAUUAUUAUUAUUAUUAUUAUUAUUAUUAUGACGACGACGACGAUAUUUAUAGAGCUCCGUCCAAUUCCGCAGCACUUUACAAUGGGUGGACGAACAGAUAUGUAGUUGUAACCAGACAAGUUGGACACACAGGAACAGAGGGGUUGAGGGCCCUGCUCAAUGAGCUUACAUGCUAGAGGGAGUGGGGUAAAAUGACACAAAAAGGUAAGGAUAGUAUUAGACUAGUGACCGUUGCAGAAGAGGAAUCAGUCAGGAACUAUUAACAGUUUAAUUGAUACGCUUUUAUGAAGAAGUGGAGACUGGGUGAGCACCUGGCAAAGUUUAAUUAUACUGUAUGAGAAGGGAUCUCAAUGUUAUUGGCAAGGCUUAAACAUUACUUGCCACUGCAAGUGUCCGUGGCACACUCACCAGGGGUGAAUUUCUACAUGCCAGUACCUAGUGGAGAGUGGAAAUUUUGCGCCAUGGCGGUAACCUCAUUCUCCCUGAGUAAUAAGACAGGUGAUACCUUGUUGAGUUUAGUAUUACAGGUAUCUUUUGUUCUCCCUACGUAAUGCAGCAGCGAAGAUACACUAUGCAGAGUUUGGGUUAUAUUGUUUUUCCCUUAUAUUGGAAUAGUUGGAUGUGUGACAGCAUAGAUUAAAUGUUCAGAGCUUGGUAGUAUAGUGUUCUCCUGUACUAUAGGCAAUUUAAGUGCUGAGAUUCACUUUGUUCCUCUCCUUGUGGAUUUGACAGCUUUACCACUCUUAAACAGUAAACACCUAGUAACAGGUGACUUAUUUCUGUGCUCCAAACAGGGACACGAUAAGUGGCUUUCCUCCCCCCUUUCAUAUUAUUACUGCUCUCUCUACCUGUGAUGAAGACACGGCAAUAGCUAGGCACCUUUGUUUGUCCAUAUGUUAAGCAGGUGACUGGAAACAUCUAUCCACUGAGGAUGAAGUGCAAGUCAAUGUGACUGAUUGUAACCAAUUAUAUCUCUAUUUCCACAUACCCUUCCCAUGAAAUGUUAAUGCUUUUCUUUGCUUCUCUAUAGAAAUGGUAUAGAAAAGUAACUGCUGUAUUUUUAUCCAAGUGAUCAUAUAAACUGUUCAAACAGGCCCAGCAUGCUAAAUAAUAAUAGAGCGCUUUUUCCCAUCCCAGAUACAUCCCUUCAAAAUGCCAUAAACGUUAUUAAAUUGCCAAAUUCUGCUGGUACUUAAAGGAACAUUAUAGGUUAAGGAAUACAAAUGGUGUAUUCCAAACAAUAUUAUGGCCUAGUCACCAUUUAGGUGACAGUCCCCCACCCCCUCAAGGAUUAAUGAGGUAGUUUACUUCAUUUUAAUCCUGAUCUCAGCCAAUGUAAUGUUUUCCCAUAGGAUAGCAUGGGGAGGCUAGUGCACGUGCCUGGUAAAAUGCCUCGCUGCGCUAAUCAGAUGGUCUCUAGAGGCAUUUCAACUGUGCAAUGUAAGUAUUGCCUUUCCUCCAGAAUGGUUACAGGUUUAAAAAUAUUGGGACAUGGCACCCAGGUCACUUCAUCUCCGUGAAGUGGUCUGGGAGCUUAUGGUGUCCCUCUAAAGACACAGAAGGGCAGAUUGAGCCUCCCCCCAAUUAACAUACCCUUAAUUGGUUUUAUGUUCCCGUCCCUGGAAGUUUAUUUUAUAAUUGUCUAUUUCAAAACAAAACUGAACUUAUAAAACGCCCUUUCAUUUUUUAUUUAUAAAAGAUAAAGACUUGAAUCUUCUCAUAUUGCAAUGUACUUCUUUGACCCACUCACCCAGCUGCUGUGAGAUCCAUGUAACCAGGAAGUGGUUUAGCCAGUUUGGGAGUAUAGUUCUAUUCAGUGGAGUCUUGACAUAUCCCAUAAACUCAUACCAGGCAGGGAUUUAUGGGAAAUGUUUUAUAGUGUCAAGCAAUCUUAUGAUUGAUGCCAAUGCUAUGUAAGAACUGCGAAAUAAAUCCUGCAUAAUGAAUGGUUCCUCAGCUACGGAAUUUUGUGUGAACAGAGCAGUACAUUCUAAAUGUCAGGCCCCCUUUAAGUUGCAUAAUCCUAUUGGACAGGGAAGAGAAGAUGGUUGUUUGACCUACCUUGAUGAUACAUGUUUCGUAAGGAUGUCCAAUUGAAAAUAAUUUCUCUCCAUUUUAACUAGAAUAACUACUGAACAGAUUUUACAAAAAUUAAAUGCAGCAAGAUGUCUUGUAGCACUAUAUUAGACCCCCAAGAAAUGUUCUGAUGACCGCUACAUUAACUAUCCUCAGUCAGGGAUUACAUAGUAUUUUAGUUCUGCUUGUUUUCUCUACUCAACAGGAAGAUGUACAUAGUGUCUGAGUCAGCACAGAUUGGGAAGGGGGUUCUUUGUGCUUCAUUCACAGCUGGGCUUUUCUUUCUCACCGGGAAGGAGUAUGUUGUAUUUCAUUCACAGCUAGCGUUCUUGCACACUGGGAAGGAUUACAUUGCGUUUGCCACAAGUGUUCUUCUGUAGCAUGCCAGGGAAGGGGUUAUUCUAGUAUUUUAUAUAUCACAGUUUGCAGUCUCACACAGCAGUCUCAACUUGGUUUCUCAUGUGCAUCCAUUAGGAUAAUUAGGGAUGUGGUCUCACACACUCAUUUGGGCAAUAGGUGUGAAAGGAAUGGUCUGGGCACACCUGGUGGUUUCUUUAGUAGACCGUCUUUAUUUAUUUUUUUUUGCACUCCACAUAAAGACUGCCGACCAAAAAAACCACCAGGUGUUCCCAGACCAUUCCUUUCACUGCUAUUGCUACGUGGGACAUUGGUCCCACCCGGGUUGGCGCAUCCUGCUGGAAGUAUUCCCAGAGUAAUUGAUGUUUCCAUAUUCUCUCAAAACACAGAACACACGCAUUGGGGCAGUCAGGAAUGUGGUUUUGUGCAGCUGGUGGGGUAGUCAGGGCUGAGUUAUAUACUUAUUAUGGGGUACAGGUGGGAUUGGGGGGCACUCUCUGCCCCCACCCCGGCUGGAGUUUCACAUACUUUGGAGAAUGGUCAACCACUGCCCUUUUAUUUCACAUGAAAGUAAUGGGCUCUUUCAUUCACAACCCUGUUUCUCUCCCAAUACACUGGGAAGGACUGUACGGCAUUUUGAUUAGUUGACCUGCUGCACACAUUAGGGUUAGUUACUUUUAUUUCAGUGGCAUCUGUGCUUCCUCUUACUUCAUGAGUGGACACGUUUCUUGUAGACUGGUACUGAUAUUCUGUUUAUGUAUUUUAUCCAGUCUUUGAUCUGUAUGAUGCAGGCCCAUCAUGCUAAUUAGACAAUUCUUCUGUCAUGUCAUGACUGUGCUUUUUGUCGCUUUGUCCUCACAGUGAACCUCAUGCACGUUUCUAUGCAUCUCAGAUUGUAUUAACCUUUGAAUAUCUGCACUCCUUGGAUCUUAUAUACCGAGACCUAAAGCCAGAAAAUCUGCUCAUAGACCAGCAGGGAUACAUACAGGUAACCUGGACUUGGGACGAGGGCAGGGACGUAAUUAUAGAUCUUUUCAUGAUGCAUGCAAUUUCAAAACUCAAAUGUGGACUUAUGAGUUAUACAUUAUCCACACUUCCAUGUGUAACAUACAUGAACAGCAAAUCAUGUAAUGGAUAUCAGUGUCAUUUUAGAAAUGUACUCAAGCUGAGCCAUCAUUUUGGUAAAAGUAAUAGACAGCUGUAAUGUUGAUGUUGGUCAUCUUUGUGCAUGUUGAAUUCAAACUGGUCACAUAAUUUGUACCACAGCUAGCCCUACACAUUACUUUCCCUGUUCUGAAAACUUUUCUGAGCUCUUUUUAAAGUGGUAGACACACAUUUAAAAAGCUUUUCUAGUGGAUACCUAUGUAAAGGGGUAUAAACCAUGUGAAAGGAUUUUUUUCCUCAAGCUGUGGUUGCAGUGUUUAUACAUUUUAGAGUGUAUAACUAGCCCAUCUUGCCUUAGCACUUAAUUGCUAUUUACAUAAUUUAUUUGGGUGGCAUAGUAUACUUGGAUCAUACUAUAUGAAUUGUGCUCAGUGGUGUACAGCUGCAUAUAUUGAAAGGUUGAAUUCUUUGACUAGCGAGUAGAGACUUUCACAUAUGUACUGGAGUGGGGGAGGGGGGAGUGUAUUUAGCAUGAGUUGAAAUACCUGGAUAUUGUUUUGAAUGCCAGAUUAAGUGCUGUAUAAGGAUAGAGUGUGUACUCUGCUUUCAUAAUGGCCUUCUCCUGUAUAAAGUCACCUGUUCAUUUUUCUUAAUAGGUGACAGAUUUUGGCUUUGCCAAGAGAGUGAAAGGAAGGACCUGGACUCUUUGCGGGACUCCAGAGUAUCUGGCACCUGAAAUUAUUCUUAGCAAGGUAAGAAUAGCUUUUCUGGAGUUGAAAUAUGUAACACAUGCAGAUGGUUGUUUUGAACAAAACAAGGCACUGCUGUUUGUCUCCUUCAGUGAUCUUGGAUACUGUGAACAUAAUCUGAUAAUUAAAGGAUCGCUAUAUGGUCAGGAACACAAACAUGUAUUCCUGACCCUAUAGUGAUAAAAUCACUAUCUGGCCCCACUUAAGUAUAGUAAAAUCUUACAUUUCUUCCAGUCUGCUGUUGCUUGCUCUGCCCCUGAUCUGCCUCCUUGGCUGACAUAAUCAGAGUGCUGGGGGACAAAGAAGGAUGGUCUUGCUAAGGCUUUUGCAAGCAGACAUCUGCAGCUUUUGCAAGCUAUUAAUAAAUAUGUAAAAAUCCAGUGGAGUGUAUAGUCCCUUUACUGCUAUCUAUAGGACUGUUUUUGCACUGCAUGAGAGAUUAACAGGACAUAAAAUUUACUUUUUCCCGUGGCAUUCGAACUUGUCUUUCUGACGAAGUAUGUGAGAAAAUGUCUGAACUUUUUUUCUCCCUAUGACAGGGGUACAAUAAAGCUGUAGAUUGGUGGGCCCUUGGCGUGCUGAUAUAUGAAAUGGCUGCUGGGUAUCCUCCGUUUUUUGCCGAUCAGCCCAUUCAGAUCUAUGAAAAGAUAGUAUCUGGGAAGGUAAGUCACUGCCUCUCACCUCCACUUUCUCUUUAUUCAGAUCUUAAUUCUCGACCAAAUUUUACCUUUUCCAUUGUGAACACUCCCAGCAUUCAAGUGGUUGAACCCAGAUUUAAUCUUUCUUUAAAUUUCUUUGUGAAAACAUUUUUAGGUUUUUUUUGUUUUUGUUUUUUUAAUCCAUGCACUUUAAAUAUACAAUACAUGUGUGUUACUGAUAAAGGAUAGCCUCUCUCCACUUACUAUGUCCCUCUCUGAUUUAAACUCCUGCUCCCCAUCCUUUUUAUUGUGUCCGCUCAAUCUCAUCCAAAGCUCAUUUUCAAAGUUUUGUUUUUUUUUUACUCCAUUUAUUUUUCUCGUUUUGACACACUUUUCUAGGUUCGGUUUCCCUCUCACUUCAGCUCUGAUUUGAAGGAUCUCCUAAGAAACCUUUUGCAAGUCGAUCUUACCAAGCGAUUUGGAAACCUGAAAAACGGGGUCACAGACAUAAAGGGCCACAAAUGGUUCAGUACCACGGACUGGAUUGCAGUCUACCAAAAGAAGGUGCCAGUUAGGGGUUUGAAGGGCAAGAAUAAAUAAACUCCCUCCUAGUAGCAGACUAAAGUGUAUCAUAAGAGGGUAGAUAGCAUGAAUUGUGUUAACUUUGUCUUGUAAUUGGAGCCCUUAAAAGGAUGUCCCCUUGCCCAAGAAAAAAAUGUAAAUCUUUGUAGAUAUACCUCAAUGAAAGCAUGCACGCUUAUAAUUAUUAUUUUUUUGUUUAAUUGGGGAUAUAUAUCUCCCCUUCAUCCCCAGCAAAGACUUGCCAAGGCAGGUGCUCUGAGCAAUUGCUGCCUCUUAGGUUUAUCGCAACUGAGUUAAACAAUCAGGUAGUAACAGGAUCUGUUGUCUGAUUGACUGGUGGGAGUGUAACAAGUUUAAAUUAUAAAAGUGUCAAUUUCUAUUGUAAUUUGCAAAUUUUGUGAUAUGGGGGGGAGGGGGGGAGUUGAAACACUCUUCACACAUAAUGCACUUCAGCAAUCUAAGUUCUCUAGGUUCUGGACUAUCCUCUUAGGCCCAAAGUCGAAAGAAGAAAAGUCUGGUGAAAUUGCAAGACUUAUGAAAGGGAGAUUAUGAUGUAUGGUUCACGGUAGAUAGGAGGGUCUGUGGUCUCUUGUUUUUAUGGAAAUUGUGUUUUGGUUUUUGUGUUUUUUUUUUUUGUUUGUUUUUUUUAAGCACAGUGCAAAUAAUUUUGAACCUUUUCUUGAAUAUUUUAUUCAGAUUUCUUCAGAUCUCUCUCUUUACUAGAAACAUAUACAUUUUAUAUUGUGGGUUUUAUGUGGGCAAUUAAGCAAAUAGUAGGUAUAUAAGAUUUCAUUGGCAUAAUACUGAGUGAAUUAAUUUUAGGCAUAAGCGUAACUCGUAAAGCGUAAAUUACAGAUGUAAUCCGUAUACAUCCAACACAUUUUUACAUUGAGGCUAAGGAGAAAAACUAUAGAACUUUCCAAAUGGCAUAUUAUUCUUUCUAACUAUUUUGGAUAUCAUUUUGCCAUACACAUACUUCAAUUCUUGUCACUCUCUCUCCAACAUCUCAGGUGGAAGCUCCUUUCAUCCCCAAAUGUAAGGGCCCUGGUGACACCAGUAAUUUUGAUGACUAUGAGGAGGAAGAAAUCAGAGUCUCCAUCACAGAUAAGUGCGCCAAAGAGUUCUCGGAGUUCUAAUGAAUGCAUUUGGAGGAGCCAUCACAGAAGACUCCUCUCAUUCACAAGAGAUCGAUGAAGAGCGCGCCGCUGACAGGCACACAAACUUCUCCCUUCUUUCACACUCCCCCACCUCUCUACCUUGUAUUAGUGGUGCAGAUUUGAAUUGGCGGCCAUCUCAUUUUAUCCUGGAUCUGGUGGUGCUGGUUUUGAUUGGUCCUGGAGAUCUCCCCCAGUCUCUCUCAUCCCCUGCUUCCCCAUGCUUUACUUUUUCUCCUUGACAGAUAAGAGGGGCCAAGAGAGUUAUUUAAAUGUGACUGGUUCUUCAGGGGUUGAGUUAGAACUUUAGGGGCAGGGCAUCAUCCCUCAGUGAUGGAGCUGUUAUUUAUGUGUUGUUUUUUUUAAAAACCAUUUUCAUGUCAAGAGCCUUGCUUACAGGUUUUUAAUUAUUAAUUUACAUAGUAUAUAAAUAUUGAACUGUUUUAACCUCAAUUCUCACUUUAGCCCCAUCACGUGCCCCGCAUCUGUGUCAUGGGGGACUUUUAAACUUAAAGUGCCAGUUUUUAUUACCCCCCCCCCCACACACACACACACACACACACACACAAUCACACCUCACUUUUUUUUCACACACAUACAUUUUGCCUCUGAUAACCCUCUUCUUUCAUCAUUGACACCAUAACCUUCUUCUGACAGGUCCUCUCAGCUGAGAACCAUUCAUCUGUUUGACCCAUUAAAGAGAGGUGUUGUAGAUAUAUUGUGAAAGUUAUUCAACGUAUGUGUCAGAUAUUUGUUAAUAUUCUUUAGGGCAUUACUGGAGUGUAACAAACUUAUCUGGAAUGUCCUACUGCCUGUUAUAAAUUGGGAUGCCCUAUGUGAUCAUGGCCUCUGAAUAUUAUUUAACUUGUAGACCAUAUUCUCAGUAGUGCAUUGUUUUUGUUUCCCAUGCCCUUUUUUUAUAUAUAUAUAUUUGGUUGUUUUUUGUUUUGUUUUUUUGCUUUUUUUUUUUUAUAUUUUCCCUGUUCUACUUUGGGGAAAACACCCAAUUUAUGGUUCUCUAUAACUGCUUUAGAAGUGAUAAUUUGUAUAAUAAAUACUCUCCCUAAUGCCCUAUGGUUGUUUAAUUACAAAAGCACAGUCUAACUUAGUCCCCACUAGGCAAGAAGGCACUAGUUUUUUGGUACCCUGAUGAAAUUUUGGGAAUCUAGUUUUAUGUUUUGUGCUAUGCCAGCUCUGGGAUGCCUUAGUGUGCAAUUUAAAGUCCUACCUCUUUGGAAUGAAAUGGGGGGGGGUUACAAUAAGGCACUCCAGGCGUUAUAGGGUUGAGGAUCUUCAUGAAAUUCAGGGUCAUAGUUACCAAACUAUGUGUCUUUGUUCCAAAACCUCUUUAGAGGCAAAGAGAUGAGAAAAUAUUUUUUUCCACCUCUGUAGCUUUCCUGGGGAGUAAAGGGAAGAUCAGUAAUGUCCUGCACAGCUUAACCAUGUCAGAAAGCUGAUGUGAAUAUCACUAGAGCGGAAAGUUGAGCAAGAAUGAAAAAGGAAUUGUCAGAGCUCCAUCCCAUACUAUAUAAAUAGAAGUCCAUUUAAUUGUAUUGUAACCCUGUAGUCCACUUAUCAAAGUUGUACCUAUAAUUUUAAGUGGUAUGUUUAGGUAUAAAGGGGAAAGUCUCAAAAUUACAAAGCCUGAUCAAGGGUUCCCUCCAGUCUAUCAUGUGUUAGCGGUACUGUCUGUUUGAUAGGAUAAAACCUUAGAAUUUUUGUUUGAUUUUUUUUUUUUGUUUUGUUCUGUUUUUUCCUCCCUAUGAUUGAUUUUUAUAUAUAUCUUGUCUUUAGGUAGAAUGGAGGCGAUUACUGGUUGUGGGUCACAUUCCCACUUUGAGAAUUAAGCAUAUUGAAAGAUUUUAUGAUUGUUGGCUCUCAGCCCAAACUAUACAUUUAUUUAAUCUAAACAUUUGUAGCACACUCUUAACCAUUAUUAUGCUUUAAAUUCCAAGUUAGACAAGCAAUAUUAUGUAUACCAAUCAACCGUUCUUUGGCGAUGUUGACAAGAUUAAACUUCAUAUUUCAGAAAACUUGCGUGUCUGGGUAGAGUGGUGAGAGCUGCAGGUAACUUUCUCAGCUUACUGUGGUUCAUACAGAGGUUUAUCUGUGUGCUCAAGAAGCUACUGAUCCAAACUAAACACUUAAAACAGUCUUCUGAAUAAGCCCUGCCUAUACUUUGUUGGAUCUUUAAAAUUAGACGCUAAAGACAAUAAUAGAAUCUGUGGUGGGAUUACUUUUUUUUUAUAUAUAUAUAUAUAUUUUUUUCCCAUUUUUAGGUCACCUCUCUUUUAUUUAUUAGAAUGUUCUGUGUAAAAGGCACAAUUCUUGUGAAGGCGCGUAAAGAUUGUUAUAUUGCAUGUUCCCCCAGAGUCUGUUAAAGACAUCAAGGGCCACUUGCUGGCUGUAUUUGGAGCAAUUGUUAAAUUUAUUGCAUAGUGAUCUAUAAUGCAAUGUUAUUUGUGCUAGUAGGUUCCUAGAUAUAUGGCGUGUCACUGACUUACAAAAUCGGAGUACAUCGUGUUUCAUAGGGCCACUCAAAUCUUUGUGUGCCAAAGGGUUGAAAACGUUGUGGAUUUCAUCAUCCCUGUGGCACUUAAGGUAUUUGGGGAGUUUACUAUGACUGCAGGUUGGACUUGUAAAUCAGAUCACUGUGCUCCAAACUCUUAAAGUAAAAACUUCUGCUUUAAAGGGGAUGAGCUUCUUACAGCCAUAGAUGGUGGGAGAAGUGGGAUCAUUGUGGGGCAGAUCUGUGAAUUUCAGUUACGUUUUCACUUUAAAAUAAAUUCUAUAUAUAUAAAUAUAUAUAUAUAUACACACACACACACUUCUUACAUGUGUUAUACUGUAAAACAUUUGAGACAAAUUACCAAUAAAGUUUUGUUUAAAAAAAA